AAUAGACUUAAGACAUGCGCGGUGACAUGGCAACAGUUACAACAAGAUGGCGUACAUAGUAAAUGUGAUAAACUUUUGAAUUCAGAAAGUGAGACGUCUGCAGCAUCUAACAUAAAUGGCUAAACCCGGAAAGAAAACUAAAAGUGGAGACAUAAAAGCAGUUAGUUCUAACACUCAGAAAGAUAAUAACUGGUCUUCUCUUUCAUUUGAAGAGGUAUUUAAAUGAAUAUUUGGUGCAUUUAUCUUCUUUUAAUUUUAACUUCUCUGACUCUGAUUCAUUUUAUUAUUAUCUUAUUCUUAUUCUUAGUUAGGCUUAAGACUUAGUUCACUUAGGCUUAGGCCUAUCGCAAUGCCUAGGCCUAUUGCAAUGCCUAGGCCUUAAGUUUUAAGCUUAGGCUACACUACACAUAUGACUUAGUUUAUUUUUUUAAUAUAAAUGUUAUUAAAUGUAAUUCUAUGGUAAGACUAUGACUAUACUGUUACUUAACUCUUUCACUGUAGCCUGUAGCACAAUAGGUUCAUCCACUAUUUUUUAUUUAGACUUUUAAUUAGAAGAGAGGUACUUCAUUGUUAAUUAGCAAAACCCAGGUUUAUUUGUUGUCAUUUGAAUCAUUAUUUUUUUUAAUAUUCUUUGUUUUUUUUCUUCUUACAAUACUGUUGCUAUGGCUACCCUAGGCACUAGUGGGUGAGUGAGUUUCCUAGACGAUUAACGGCUCAGAAAUCCUUGGAAAUGUUUUAUACUAUUUCUAUUGAUAUUGAAGUUGGUAUAGAUUUAGAUCCAUUGCAUGAUUCUGAUAGUAGUAGUUUUAGAGGAUUUGAGUUUUAGCAGUGAAGAAGAUGAAAGGGCUUGGGGGAAAAAAAGUUACUUUUCUGUUACUUAUUUUAGUUUAAUUGAAGAAAUAAGUUUAAAACACAUAGUACAUUCAACUGACUUUCAUUUGAUACCAAAUUUAGCCUUAUAAACAAAAAAAUAAUAUUUUAAAUCAUCAUCGUGUCCCUUAGUCCUCGGACCGCUGGGGCGCCACAGAUGACACGUGAACUAUCCUCCUCCAUUCAUCUCUGUCUUCUGCACUAUGCGCAGCAUCGCCUAGUUUUAGUCCCGUCCACUCUUUGAUGUUAUCUCCCCAUCUUUUUCUUCCUCUACUUCUCCCUCCUCUUGUUGUGCCCUGCAUGAUUUCUUUGGCAAGCCCUUGUUUCCUUGUCACAUGGCAAUACCAUUGUAGUUGACACUUUUUUUACAGUCACCAGGAGGUCAUCGUACUGCCCAACUGCCGGACGAAUCCUUUCUUUCACUUGAUCAUUGGAGGCAUGGUCCCUAUAGCAGAUGGCAAGAAUGCUUCUGAAACAUCUCAUCUCCAUCGCCUUUAUUUUCCUUUCAAGUUCUGCCAUUAAUGUCCAGGGCUCGCAUGUGUAACACACACGUGCUCUGACAUCAUUAUCAUUGUAACUUAUUUCUUAGGCUGUGGGUUAUGUCAGUAGCAUGGUUACGUGUUUUAAGUUAGUAAUUCAGAAUGCCGGCUAAGACUUCAUCGUUCUUCCUCGUAUUAUCUAGGCACGCAAAUAAGAAUACUGAAUCCUGGUUAAACUGACAGUACUUUAUUAAAUCACAGUUUACACAGAUAAUAUUAAUAAUAAUCCUGCAUGAAUGUAAUCAUUUCAUAUAUCUAUAUAAUAUUCCAUCACUCAGAAAGACACGUCCUCACACUGCUACAACUCAGCUCAACUGUACUACAUCUCAACUCUAACUCAACUCCGACUAACUCUGACUCUCCUUGCGCUCAGCUCUCCUUAUCUCAGUCAACUCAUACUUUAUUACCAGCAAAGCGUGCAAAACAACCGCUCUGACAAAAACAUAAUUUUACUCUCCAAAAACGUGGAGUUCACAUUUGCAUCUCAAAAUACAAUUCAUUGUCCUCAUGGACAAAACAUGGUCAACACCAUUCACUGUUCACUCAUGCUACCUCUCUGUUUUCAUGUGGAAACAUUGUCCGUUACAGCAUGCAUACAAGAAAAUGGAGGGGACUAAUGAGUGCAUCAGCCUGAUUUUAGUGCUGGGGGCUAUAUUUUUGUCUAGCCAUAUUUUCUUGAGCCUCUUUAGUGCUGUUGUUAUAAAUACUUUUAAAAUAUUUUAUAUACUUUUUAAUAAACCCAGCCUCUCACUCCUUUUUGCUCUUUGAAAAAAAUGUACAUUUUUUUAAAUUAAGAAAAUUCCCCAGCAAAAGAGUUAAAUACUAAUAAAUAGACAAAUAUAGUAAAAUAUUUUUUUUUUAAAUUUUAAUUAUUUUUACAAUGUUGUUCAUUAAUAUCUCAAUAACCAAUUUAUUUAAUAUGUCAGGUACUUCAGUACUUGUGAUGUAAUUUAUAUAAGAUUAUAAGCAUAUUGAGAGUGGAAUCCUUCCUACGUCACUGAUGAGGAAUUCCAUCUAUUCAUCUAGUUAAAAUAUGUUAUGCCAAAACAGACAAUUAACAUAACUCAGCAAAAAUCUAUAUGCAAAAUGCUAGUCUCAAGAAAAUUAGUGAUUUUUUUACCUGGGCAGUAUGAUGCGCAGAAAAGUAUCUAAUUAUAUUGCACAUACUUACUUUUAGAGCUAGGGCCAGGGGCCAACCAUAAAUAUAGUGUCACACUAUUGUGACAACAAUUUUAUUACCCACUACCCUACACAUUUAUCAUCACAAAUCAUCAAAGAAAAAAAUAAAUUAGACAAAGCCAUCACACAUAAUUGAUCACAAAUGAUAAUUAUGAAAUGUAAAAGUAAAAAAUAUCCCAUUACCUUUGACAAUAAAAAACUAUAUUUUUUAAAUAAUGUCACCACAAGAUUUUACAAUAAUUAAAUUUCACAAGGGUUUUAAACGAAGAGUUACAAUCAUAAGCAAAAUAAUCCAAAAUAAUUCCACUGCAUUUUAUAAAGUUUCGCAAGUAUUCUCAAAAGAACAAUUCCAAGUAUUAGCAUUUCUUUCUAACCACAAACUAAUUUCUAUGACUUCCCUGACUCUUUAAUUUUAAUCUAAAUGGUUCAACUAGACUAGGGGAUCUUAAACUACGACCUGCAGACCAGAUCCGGUUUGCCAGAGGUCAUUAAUGUAGCCAGCCAAGGGUCAUUAUUCAAAGUCAUUCAUAAGGGUACCUGGCUAGCAGCAACAAAGGUGGAACAUAACUUUGACUAUCUCAUUAGCCAUCUUUCCUUCUUCUUCUUAUGCCUUUUUACCCUUCUGCGGCAUAGGCCGUCCACAAGAAUGUUCCAUUUAUUAUGGUCCUGCACUUUCCUUUCCAGUUGCUUCCAGGUGUAUCCCCUACACUUUGCGUGUCUGUUUCUACCUCACGUCUCAUUGUAUUCUUUGGCCUUCCUCUCUUUCUUUUUCCCUGUGGAUUCUAUGUUAGGGAUUGUCUGGUAAUGCUAUGUGGGGGUUUUUGGAGAGUGUGCCCUAGCCACCUCCAUCUUUUCUUUAUGAUGUCUUCAUCAAUGGGCACCUGGUAAGUCCUUUCCAGAAGAUCUUUGUUGGUUAUAGUAUUUGGCCAUUUGAUGUUCAGUAUCUUUCUGAGGCAUGUGUUUAUAAAGGUAUGUAGUUCCUGCGUAAUGCUCGCUGUUUUUUUCCAAGUUUCUGCUCUAUAUAGUAGACUGUUUUGACAUUUGUGUUAAAGAUUCUGACUUUGAUUUGCAGCUUCAGCUCCUUGGACUCUAGUGUCUCUCCUGCAAGAGAGAUAUGCCCUUGGAUGGCUGAGUUUACCUUCAUGAUCUUUGUCUUGCUUUUAUUUAUAUUGAGUCCGAGCUGUGCUGAAAUGGUGGGUACGUCUUUUCCUGGAUUUAUUGCUGGUUGUGGGACAGAAGAUCAAUGUCAUCUGCAAAGUCGAGGUCAUUCAUUUGUUUUCAGCUUGUCUACGGAAUCCCGUUCCUCUUUUUGUCUUUGGAUUUUUUCAUUAUCCAGUCAAUGGCAAGUAUGAAUGGGAAGGUAGACAAGAGACAUCCUUGUCUAACUCCAAUUUCCACUUUAAUGUCAUAUGUGAGUCUAUGUUCAUGAACCGCCCUGCAUGCCAUUUCUUCAUAGGAGCUCUGAAUGAUCCUGAUAAGUUUUCCUGGUACUCCAUAGUGCAGAAUGAGUUUCCACAAGGUUUUUCGGUCUACGACAUUAAAGGCCUUUUCAUAGUCUAUGAAAUUUAUGUAUGGGGGGAGUUCCAAUCGAUGGUCGUUCUACAAUGUUUUUUAAUGUUGCAAUUUGAUCUGUUUGAUCUGUUUCGGCGGAAGCCAGCCUGUUUAUCUCGUAGCUGCAUGUCGACCUGGUCUUUCAUUAUAUUCAAAAUAAUUCUGUUAAAGACCUUUCCUGGUACAGACAGCUGUGCGAUUCCUAUGUAAUUUGCACAAUUGCUGAGAUCCCCUUUCUUUGGUAUCUUGAUGAGGUAUCCUUCUUUCCAAUUUUUUGGAACUCUCUCUUCUUCCCAUAUCUUUUCAGACAGAGUGUGCACCAUUGUUGACUAUUGUAUCUACAUUUGCUCUCAUGAUCUCUGCUGUGAUGUUAUCCGGUCCGGAAUAGCCAUAAUUUCCUUAAAAAUACUAUUAAUUUUAUGUUGGUUAUCUUUUUUCAUCUUGUUUUUUUUUAUAUACUAAAACUGAAAUAUGUGCUGUGUGCAUAGAAUUCGUUCAUAUUAUUUCUAACUAUUGUCCGGCCCUCAACAGUGUCUGAGAGACACUGAUCUGGCCCCAAUAAUGUCUGUUUAAAAAGUGUGAGAACCCCUGAACUAAACUAAAAAUAUUGCUGUAACUUGAUAAUAAUUGCUUAUCAUGUCAACCAUCAAGUAAGACUUACUGUUAACACAACAUUUAGUUGCUUUCUCAUUUAAAUAACUGACAUAUAAUAUAACAGCAAAUUGGACCUUUUGUACAUUGAACAUUAUAAUUAAAUUUGAUAUACAGUAAUAUUUUGUGAAUAUGUUUAUUACUUUGUUGUACAGGAAAGUUGGAAUCCGUGUUUGGCCUUGAUUGUGGGCCGACAGCCUGAUGAUUUCAAGCACAUUGAAGCACUGAAUAUUAUCACUCAAACAGGGCUUCGAAGACUUUUCUCUGUGGUCACCAAGGAGCAACUCUUUAAUGAGGUGUGUGUUGAUUCUCUAGGAACUAGUAGAACAAUGUAUGUGGAAGCCUGAAUCAAAAUACAAAAUAAGAGAUAAGGAAAUUUCGGCUAAAGGGUCGUUCUCAAAUUACGUCUCACCAAAAAUGACCUUUUUCAGAACCCUCCUCCCCCCUGUCACAAAUUCUCGCCCCCACCUCCCCUCUGAGUGUGAGGUAAUUUGCGAACGACCCCUAAGAGCCCUCUUCAGCAGACAGGACAAAUGAAAGUACAAAAAGAAAUAGGAACUAGUUAAAAACUCAAGUAAUUUAUUAUCCUUUGAUUCUCUAGGCUAUAUCUUUGCAACGUUAAUUAAACCUGACUGUAGUAUUUGCAAUCGCCGAGUAAAUAAUUGAAGCAUUAUUUAUAAUCUGCAUUGAAUUUUCUGUUCACAUAUUACAUUUAUUUUUAUUUUGGUGUAAUAGCAAAUUCAAAAUAGAUUACAUGUUUUUUUAUUAAAAUUAUUUCGUUUCAGUUGAAGGACUUUGGUAACUCUAAAGCUCUAAAAAAACCAAAAGAUGCUCUUGUGAGUAAUGAAUUAUUUGAUAGUGCCAAACAGUAUUUAGAUGAUAAUGAGGGUAUCCCUACAAAGCUACUGGCCAAGCUAAUCAAAAAUAAACUACUGGCUAUGAAAGAAGCUGAUAAGAAGCACAAAGAUGCAGAUGCAAAGGUUAGACUGAAUUUUAUUAUUAAUAUUUAAAAAUAAAUUUAUCAGUAAGCAAUGGUUUGAUAACAUUGUAUAAGUCAAAUACAACAGGAAGAGUUUUCUGAAUCUAAUGCUGAGAUUAACAUAAAGCUAAUUGUGAUAUAAACUAAAUGAAUGAUUUUUACACUGUGAUGACUUUCAACAUAGAUCACCUGAUCUUUUCAUGACAAAUUUAAUUUUUGAAAAGUUCCUCAUUGACAUUUCUGCAGUUAGCAGAUUAGUCAUCAGGUGUCUCAUCUCAAACUUAUUUUAUAUUAACUUUGUUCAUUCUUUUUUAUUCUUUUGUUGACAAUGUUUUGGUAUUUUACUAAAUGUGACCCAAAGUAUGGACAUUUUAUAAAAUUGAUGUCAGAUAUAUAAAUCUAAUGACCCCUAAUAUAAUAUAUAUAAAUUAUUAUUGUUUUUUUUUUUAGAUUGACAUUGAAAUUACAAAACUUUGCCCUGAAAAUAUCAUCAAUUCACAUUAAUAUACUAAAUGUGACCCAAAGUAUGGACAUUUUAUAAAAUUGAUGUCAGAUAUAUAAAUCUAAUGACCCCUAAUAUAAUAUAUAUAAAUUAUUAUUGUUUUUUUUUUAGAUUGACAUUGAAAUUACAAAACUUUGCCCUGAAAAUAUCAUCAAUUCACAUUAAUAGUAAGAUUAAGAAAAAAAUUGUGUGGGAAAGAUUAGUCAAAAUUACACUUAAUUUCACCCAAAUAUUUUAUGCCCAAGUCAUUUAGUAAUUCAAUACUAAUGCAGCACACAGAGGUGAGUAGUUUAAAUGUGAUAAUUUUGUUUUAAAGAAAAGAUUACAGAUUUAAGUCUUAAUUAAAAACAUAGGUCCCAAAAACUCUCUGUCACUACAUGCAGCUGUUCAAGCUUUCUCUUGUUGCCUCAAAGUAAUUCGUUUUACAUAAUGUAAUAUUUGAUAGUGGUUAAAAUAACAAAUUUAAUUUGGGCCAUUUAAUUGUUAUCAUCUGAGCCAUGCAAUAAUUUGAGUUUAAGACCCCUGAUUUUAAAAAAAUUCCCACCUGUUUGGUUUAUUUUACUAAUUAAAAUUUCUUGAUUAAUUUCUUUACAAUAAAUUUGAUUCAUUUGAUAUUGAAAAUGGUUAAAACACCAUUUUAUUGAAUUUAAAGAUUUAUUUGGAAAUCAAUUCAAAUUCUUUCAUUUUUAGAAAAGAUUCUGUUUUUAAAAAAUACCAUCAAAAAACAAUAUUUUAUUACGAGUAUAAGCACUAGAAAAAUAUUUGAUUACACGCAUUUCUAAGGUGAUACUUAUUGAUUAAAAUUGAUGAAAACAUAAAUUUCAUUGCAUCAACAAAUGAUUUGUACGGUAGGUUUCAAACUGUACAUUUUUAUUAGAAUGUAGAGGAAAAAUAAUAGAAAAUGAUCAUCAUAUAAGCCCGCCAGUCCUGUUGAAAUAAUAAUUUUACAACCCUUUGAGGGGAGCUCUGAUAAUUACUCUAAACAUUUUUAAUGAAGUAUCUUCAUGUGCUUGUAAUUAAAUUCUAAAGGCAAAGAAGACAAAGGUAAGAUAAGGACUUAUUUCCAUCACAAAAUAUCUUUAGAAGUAACUUAUUGCUUUUAUUUUAUUUCAAACAUCAUACAAUUUCAUUGCACUAUUAAUGUUAGCUUAUCCAAUUUCUCUUACCAUUGCAUCAUUAUAAUGUUGAAAUGACAUUUUUAAACAAAAUUUAAGUCAUUAAAAAUAAUCAGCUAUUAUAAUUUGAAGGAACAAAACUUUAACAAUUAGUUUUUAGUAAGAGCAUUAAUUAAUAGAUAUUGACCCACUACAACAUGUCACCAGUUAAAAAAAAAAAAAAAAAAAAAAAAAAAAAUUAAAAAAGAACAAAAAUUUAACAAUUAGUUUUUAGUAAAAGCAUUAAUUAAAAAAUAUUGACCCACUACAACAUGUCACCAGUUAAAAAAAAAAAAAAAAAAAAGUAAAAUACAUUGAAGUAUACUAGUAAAACAAAUGUUUAUAUUGACUAAAAUUUUCUUUAGUCCUUUGAGCAAUAUUUAGCUAACUCAGAUAAUAUAGCUUGAUACAAAGUUAAUAAUUAUCCAUUUGACUUAUUUGAUCCAUUGGCUUGAAACGGCUCAACAUUUUCUUUGUACUUUUUUUACUGACAUGAAACAUAUUUCUUUUAAUGCUGAUGCUUUUCUUUCAUUUUUAAAAAUUUAUAAACUCUUUGAAAUUUUAUAGCAAUAGGCAUUCUGGUUUCAGGAUAUAUAUCUUAUCUGCUAACCUUCUUCCAAUAGGCAUUCUGGUUCCAAGAUAUGUCUUAUCUACUAACCUUCUUCCAAUGGUCAUACCAGGAUAUAUGUCUUGGAUACUAACCCUCUUCCUUAUGCUUUAAAACUAUCCCAUUCUUUAGCUUAACCCAAGAUUUUUUUAAAUCUCCAUUCUGCACCAUGAAAACUAUCCCAUCACUAUAUGUAUCCCUAAAAUGACAUUAUAUACAUCAAACUCCAUUAAAACUAAACCAUGCCUGGCCUAAGUCAUGCUUAAAAUUCCCAUUUGAUAUAUGUCAGACUUGAUAUGGUAAAGGGUUUUAGAAGUCAACAUUAUUUGUUUAUUUUUACCUCUUUAUAUAUUAUUUUUGUUUCUUAAUGUCAUGGAAUUCAUUUUUUUAAAAAUCUAAAUAUUAUAUUCAUCAUUUUCCCCUGACCUUUUUUUUUUAUAGUUUCAGCCUAAUAUUUGUUUAUUUUAGACUAUUCACAUCUAUUUUUAAAAUGUAUAUAAAAUAGCAGAUUCCUUACAUGUGUAUCUUAUUUUUAACAUAAAUUUCUUGGCACUUAACAAUUCAUUUUUUUUAAAAUUCAAUACUUCUCAUGAGUAAAAAUAAAAAUGUUUAACAUUUAUGGGCUCAAAAUAAAGUAUGAUAUGAAUAAAUUAGUUAAGUUCAACAUUUGAGGCUGGGCCAGGCCCACCACAAACAGUUGUGCCAGAUUGGCACCAGGCCCACCACAAACAGUUGUCCCAGUUUGGCACCAGGCCCACCACAAACAGUUGUCCCAGAUUGGCACCAGGCCCACCACAAACAGUUGUCCCAGUUUGGCACCAGGCCCACCACAAACAGUUGUCCCAGUUUGGCACCAGGCCCACCACAAACAGUUGUGCCAGAUUGGCACCAGGCCCACCACAAACAGUUGUCCCAGUUUGGCACCAGGCCCACCACAAACAGUUGUGCCAGAUUGGCACCAUGCCCACCACAAGCAGUUGUACCAUUUUGGCACCAGGCCCACCACAAACAGUUGUGCCAGAUUGGCACCAGGCCCACCACAAACAGUUGUGCCAGAUUGGCACCAGGCCCACCACAAACAGUUGUCCCAGUUUGGCACCAGGCCCACCACAAACAGUUGUCCCAGAUUGGCACCAGGCCCACCACAAACAGUUGUCCCAGAUUGGCACCAGGCCCACCACAAACAGUUGUGCCAGAUUGGCACCAGGCCCACCACAAACAGUUGUCCCAGAUUGGCACCAGGCCCACCACAAACAGUUGUGCCAGAUUAGCACCAGGCCCACCACAAACAGUUGUCCCAGUUUGGCACCAGGCCCACCACAAACAGUUGUGCCAGAUUAGCACCAGGCCCACCACAAACAGUUGUCCCAGAUUGGCACCAGGCCCACCACAAACAGUUGUGUCAGAUUAGCACCAGGCCUAGCAGCCAAGGCACCACUAUGGCAUCAUAAAAAAAUGUUUUGAACCUUUAGACCUUCAAAUGUUCUGUAAUUCUCAAUUUAAUAUUUUUUGCUAGGUCUUCAUGACUACACAUGUUCCUUUCUCUCGUCCUUUACAAGUUCCUUUCGCUCAUACACAUGAUCCUUUCUCUAUCAUAAACAUAUUCCUUUUUCUCUCUGUGUUAUACACCUUCCUUUAUCCCUGCCAUACACAUUUUUUAUUUGUGUUAUACACUAGAAUGUGCAUUGUUUGGUAAGCUUUGUGAUACUCAGUGUUCCUAAUACAGCGUGUUGAAUGAAGUUGCCAGGUGUGAUCCAACAUGAUGGACUAGGUUAACAUAGGUUUUCAGAGUAACUUGAGAGGUAGGGGGGGUUGGGGAUGGGGCAAAAAUCAUUUUCCUUAAAGGCGCCUGACAUGUGAGUGCUGACCCCUAGGCUCAACUCUGCAUUAUUAACUUUUCAUAAUUGUCUGUUUCUCACCAGUUCAUGCAAACGCUCUUGAUUCAGAAAAUGAUGAAAAUAAUUAUUUCUGUCAUUGGUGUAUAUUAAUUAAAGAAAAUAGUUAAAAGCACACAGCAUAUGCAAAUAAAUCAGUUUUGUGUACACACGUGACAUUUUAAGAAUUAGUCACAUGGGGACAUAUAAAACUAAGACUAGCUUUUCUUGUCUUAUUUUCUUGCCACCCAGAUAUCAUCUGACAAAAAGAAAAGAGCGGAGUCAGCAAAGUCUCCAAAGAGAGGAAAAAAAACACCCGAGCCAGUUGUCGCUAAGGAGAACAGCAAGCUGAGAAAACGUGGAGAGGAGGACGAUAACAACAAGUGCAUAGGUGGGUUCAAAGUUCAAGUUGCUUUUUUUUUUAAUUCAGCACGGUUGUAACUAAUAUGCCCUGAUUCUGUGACUUACUCUAAAUCAGAAACAACUUGUUUAAGAUUGAGCAGCAUAUUUUUUUUUUUUUUUUAAAUUUUAAACUUUUCUCUUCAUGAACAACUAUAUUGAAAUUUUUCAAAUCAAUAAUCGUUGUUUGAAUCCUUCCUGUCACUUUUAUCAAUGAACACACCCUCCUGCCACUUUUAUCAAUGAACACCCGCUAUCCCCCUCCUGCCAUUCAUAUCAGAUGAUGAGCCAGAUGACGGGGCAAGCCAUUACUACCUUCUUUCUGGGUUUCAUGACCCCUAUCUCCUGCCAGCCUUGGAAGAGCUUGGUGUCUACAUCACAUGUGUCAUUGGCGUAUCAACACAAGAUGGAGAAAACAAAUUAGGAGGUGAGCUAAAACAUUUGUAGACAUUUUCUUAUUGAUGUUGUUUUUUCUCCAAAUAAAAUGGAAAAACAAUUUUGCAUCACACAAACUCACAUAUAAAUUUUUUUUAAUGCGUAGCUCUAUAAUGAUGCGAUUCACUGUUCUCAAGUAUGCUCCUACAAAUAAUGUUAAAAAUAUGACAUUUGAAAAAAAAAAUUCUUGUUGGUUGAAGUAUUUCUACAGCAGCUUACCUUCACUGUUUGUUUGUUUAUGAACCACCAGGAACUGAGGUUCCCAUCAAGGAACCCAUCUCCCAGUCAGAAGAUGUGAAGAAGGAACUGGAUGAAUUCUGGAAAGGUUUACAGCCAAUAUUACAAGGCAUGCCGAGUACUUCACGCCUGUAUGACAUGGCCCUGCUAGACUAUGAGGUCAAGUCUCUCACUGUGCCUACUGAUGCCAAUGAUGCUGAACAGAAGGUCGGUGCAUGGCACUAACAUUUCAUCUGUUUAAAACAGAUCAAUUCAGAGGCAAAAAAAAAAUGUGAUUAGGUGCAAAUUAUAUGAACUAUCGAAAUCGAAUUCUUUUUAAAAAAACAAUUUCUCUUCAGGGUAAACCUUAGAUUUCUUAGAAUGAAGUCAUAGUCAGGUCAUUUAUCAGAACGUAUAAAACACUGGAGUAAGUCAUACAUCUAUCAGAACGUAUAAAACACUGGAGUAGUUAUACAUCUAUCAGAAUGUAUAAAACCCUGGAGUAAGUCAUACAUCUAUCUGAAUGUAUAAAACACUGGAGUAAGUCAUACAUCUAUCAGAAUGUAUGAAACACUGGAGUAAGCCAUACAUUUAUCAGAACAUAUAAAAAACUGAAGUAAGUCAUACAUUUAGCAGAACCUAUGAAACACUGGAGCAAGUCAUACAUUUAUUACAACAUAUGAAACACUGGAGUAAGUCAUACAUCUAUCAGAAUGUAUAAAACACUGGAGUAAGUUAUACAUUUAUCAAAACAUAUAAAACACUGAAGUAACUCAUACAUUUAGCAGAACCUAUGAAACACUGGAGCAAAUCAUACAUUUAUUACAACAUAUGAAACACUGGAGUAAGUCAUACAUUUAUUACAACAUAUGAAACACUGGAGUAAGUCAUACAUCUAUCAGAAUGUAUAAAACACUGGAGUAAGUUAUACAUUUAUCAAAACAUAUAAAACACUGAAGUAACUCAUACAUUUAUCAGAAUGUAUCAAACACUGAAGUAAGCCAUACAUUUAUCAGAACGUAUAAAACACUGAAGUAAAUCAUAUCACCUGGUUUAUCAAAACAGGUCCAGUACAGCACUGCCUUGUUUGAAGACAUAGCUGUCAUGCUCUAUGACCUCUUAGAUGCCAAGAGACUGUUCGGCACCUUCAAGGAGAACUUGAAACUCAUCAACGUCCCACUCUUGGGAGAGCAUGUUGGUAAUGGAGAAUUUUAAAAUCAGAAUCAUUCAGCUUAAUUUUUUUCCCUGCCAAUAUUUGAUGUAUUGAAACAUUUAUAUUUUUAUAUUGACAGAGAGACUUGGCAUACAACUUUCAUUUACAUAGAUGUAAUCAUACAGAUACUUGGCACAUACAUUUAUUUAUUAAUAGUUAUAUAUGUGUAUUUACACAUAGACUUGGGAAGAAUUCUCAUUUAUAUUCAUUUAUUUUACACAGAGACUUGACAAGAACUCUCAUUUUUAUUUAUUUAUUUUACACAGAGACGUGGCAUGCAAAUAUCUUUUAUUUUUAUAUGUAUGUAUUGAUAGAGAGACUUGACUCUUAUUCAUAUAGAUGUAAUCACACAGAGACUUGGCAUACAAAUUAUCUCUUUAAAAGCUAAAUUAUGCUUUUAUUUUAAGACUCCGCAUACAACUCUCUUUAACAGUUAUAUUUAUGUAUCUACACAGAGACUUCUCAUAAAGAUACUGGACAUACUGGACAUACACCAGGCAUUGAGGACCAAGAACAUCGUACAAGUUCCACAAAGACCCACAAGUCUAGAGACAAACAAGUGGACAUGAGGUUCUACAAUGACCUGAUGAGCAGUGUGCCUCAUGAGAGUGUUAGUGUGUCACUCAUCAUGCACUGCAUGUUGGAACAGGUGUGUAGUAACUACCACUGUCAGGUCCUAUUUCAAAACAUAAAUAUUAUUAUCCAAAACAUACCUGAUAGAGAACAAUUUUAUUAGUCACUCAACUGAAAGAGACAUUUGAUAUUAUCAGCUGUGGCCCUAGCAAUGUAUCCAAGUGGUAUGAGGUCUUUGGAUUGUGCCCUAAAUGACAACAAAGUUGUUAAAUCUUAUUUGGACUUUAACCCCAGCUCUAAAAAAUACCCCAGUCUGGCUGCAACAAGCCAUCCCUUAGUUCAGCGUUUCCCAAACUUUUAAGUUUCACGGACCGGUGGACAAGUUUCGAAACUGCACCAAGGACCUGUGCCAGAUUUAUUAAUUACAUUUUCUUUCUAUUUAAACAUCAAUAUUCAUGCUCUCUGGACCGGUAACGUAAGGCUUGCGGGCGGUUGCCGGUCCACGGACCACCGUUUGGGGAACGCUGCCUUAGUUCACACAAGGCCUUUUGAAUUUGUACGAAGGAUAAUAGUCUUUGCUAUGAGGAUUACAAAAACCCUUGAAAAGCUAUAGAGCAGAUUCAAAUUCUAUCCUACUCCUAUAAAAAUGGUAUAAUUUUUUGUCCCUGAUGUCUGGUAAAUAGGGCCAGAUUCUUUAUGUGAACAUUUUUCAACUUAAUAAACUCUAAACUUCUAAAAAGCUGUUCAUUCAUCGUUUAUUAUUAUGCUGCACAAGGGGAAAUUACUUUAUUUUGGGCCUGAAAGUAGCAAGAUGGCUUAGUCAACAUGGGAUUGUUUCAAAGAAUUGCCCUCUGAAAGUAUUCAAGUCAUCAUCUCUGGGUUUUUUUUUAAAAAAUGUUAAACAUUUACUUCAAAUUGAAAUAUGCUUCUAAAAAAAAAAAUCAAACAGUAGCAUAUCUGUAAAAUUGGAAUUUUAAAAUGCAUAUUUACUUAUUCCCAAUCACACACGAAUGCAAGGCCCUUAAUCUUUGGAGUUUUGUGGUUUUGUUGUCUGCACCCAGUGAUGAUUUCAUUCAAGUCAAACUAAUGCUUCUGUAAUCUCUUUGGUUAACAAAUGGUCAAGAUAUGUACAUAAACUACUUGGUUUUUUAAAAUUUAGUAUUUUAUUUCAGCUUUUAUAACAGAAAAUUAAAUAUCUUGAGAACAUAAUGCCUUGUGUUCCUAGAUUGUGGCAACUGAAGAAGGGAAAGUACCCCCAAGUGAACGCCCACCACCGGUUAGAGCAGAUGGAAUCAACUCAAGCCUGGCAUCUUACCUAACGGAUGUCGCUGCUAAACUUGGCUUGUCGGAGCAAGAACACAAGGUAAUCACCGUCUGAUGAAAAAGUUUGUAGGUAUUGGUGGACAAUUUACUUAUAAAUUUCCAUUAUUUCCUUCACGUAUUCCUGACAUUGACUAAUGUGCCUUUGAGAUUUGUCAUUAAUUAUUUUGGUAAAAACGCACUAAUUUGCGAUUCAGUAAAAUCUUGUGUCAAUAAAAAAUCAAGGUUUUGAAGUCUACCAACUAAUUCAUUUUAUUCAUUUACACUUAGUUUUCAUAACUGAGAAUGUAAACAACAGAUUUAUAAAUUGUUACCGGUAUUAUUAUUUCACUUCCUUUUCCUGUAAGAUUUUAUUGUAAAAAAAAAUAAAAUUUUACAAUUUUUAGUCUUGAUAAUAACUACUCAACAAUUGCAUUUCUGCUUACUCCCCCAGGAAUUGUCUGAGGUACUGGAUCUACCCCAACACCCAGCAGAUCUGCCAGCGCCACCAUUGCUGGUCAACAUCCACGAUGACAUCUGCAUCAGAACCAAUCAUCUCAAGCCAUACUAUGAGUUUGAUCCAGCAGGUGAAGCAGCGAUACUCUUCUUAUUUCAUUAUUCCCACUUAGCAUGUUAAGAUAAAUAAUUUAUUUGCUUUAGGCAUAGUUUAGAAUAAUCCUAGAGACAAAUUAUGUUAUCUACCCUGUUGUAAAUGAUUCAUCAGUUACAUAUUGUCUUUUAUCUAAGAACUAAAUUCUUGGUAAUUAAUGGAUUCUAAUUUUUUGUGUCAAGAAACUGUGAGUUUACAUCAUCCUAUUUCAGAUUGUUACUCUAUUUACUUAUGUAGCCGAGUGGUGACGUAGCUUACAGUUUGAAUAAAAUCACAAUAAAACAAUCAGGUCUGAGAACUAUAGCUUUUUUAAUGUAAGCUACAAUCCGUUGACAGAGCCGACAGGAAAAUCUCUCACACCUGCCGCCGACCCGACGCAUCCGUUCCACACCACAAUCUCAAAAAUGUACACACCUCAAGUCCCAGUUCGCCACCUCCACACACACACACAGUCACAGGGAACCCGCGUCCGAGCUGACCAUGGGUCAACCCCGGAGCAGGGAUGGUUAUUCCCGCGUGUAAAUAACCUACAUAAAAUUUAAGGCCAGUACAUGGCUGAGUGUUACGUUAAAUGACCAUGGAUGUGUACGUGCUUGGGGUUACCCAUAGCAGUCACACUAUGACUAUGAGAGUGGAUUCUCUUAUAUAGGGGCACAUUGCCACACUUAAGUUAGGCUAUUGGGGGGAAAAAAACACCAAAAAAUUAAUGUUGGGAUAAGAAGUUGUGUUUUACCUAUAAUAUAAAGUGGAAUAGAACUGGAUGAAUUCAUAUUUUAAAAGGGAAUAAAGCCAGAGCUUUAUAGAAUUAUAAAAUAACGAAAAAAAAAUCUAAAAAUUUAAUUUUCAUUCCUCAGCUGUAGAAAAAGUGAUGCUGCAGUUCCUUCCCUUUGCUCAUUUGUACAAGCACAAGCCACUGAGUGGGACAGACAUGAAUGAAAGAGCUGUGAAAUUGCAGGAGCUUAUCCACUAUUGUGCAAGCGACGGCUUGACCAAGUCUGGUAAUCAUCCUAUUUAUGGACAGAACUUACAGUAAACACACUAAGCUUAUAGUCAGUCGCUUGAUGUGCCAGUUAGUUUAUAUUAAAGACUUUAAGUUUUAAUAUAUUUUAAUAUUAAAAAGGGGUUGAAAACAGGACUUGUGUUUUUCUCUUCUUGAUAUAUUUCCUUAUUGAUAUUUUUUUUAAAAAUGUAUCCAGAAAUUGAUAGAGCCUUUAAACAGUUUGUGUUUGAGGGUAUGGACCUAGCGACCACAGAUCAAAAUGGAUUCAUGCUGGAAAAGGAAAAAGAGGGUCUUCCCCACACACCGAUUCCCUGGGAUGAUCCAUAUCCAUUUUUCAAGGUCAUGGUCCCAGUCAUGGUCAGCAUGCAAAGCUCCCACGAGACUGAGAACAAAGUGGCCAUUACAGAUGUAGAAGGUAAGAAAUGAAGGGGUGAGAAAAAGACUAACACAUUAGUGUAAAUACAAAUAUAUGUAUUUGUUGAUUACCAUACUGUUCCAUGUAACACCUGCAUUUCUAAUAAUAAAAAAAGGAAAAGUAACUUCUUAUAGCAAUUUUUGAUUAAAAUAUCUUAUGAGUUUAAAUGAAAUGUGUUUUGAAAGAUAUGCAUGGCGUACAUUUGGACUGAUUUAUUGUCUUUUGUAUGGAAGAGACAAAGAGAUAAAAUUAUUUUUUCAUUAAAAAAACUUACACACUAAUUUAAAUUUUGUUGACAACAAUAAUUCAAUUUACACUUUUAAUGUAGUGCAAAACCAUCUUCCAUCUGUCUUGCUGACACAUAUUUGGCUAUGUCUGGUUCCACCUUAAUAAUGGAAAAAAAAAGCAACAAAUAAAAAAUGUGGAAAUCCAACCAGGAACCUUCAAUCAUGUACUUCUUAGGAUUCCUUGUUACUCUAUUGUUGUAGUUUUUUUUUAAAGCAGUAUCUCAGCAGUAAACUAUUUCAAACCUCUUGUUAUUAUCAAGCCUUAGCUAAGAUGAAAGCUAUUAUUUAAAAUAAAAAUGUUUCGACCAUAAAUCAGACCUUUUUCAUGUGCUUAUUUUUCAGCUAAGUUUAACUUUUUAAAAACAACAUAAUGUUGCUCUGGCACUCUUGGAUACAAAAUAAUAACCCUGGAGCACCAAAAAAACCAACAAAAAACUGCUCUAUAAUUUGACCAGAUGAAUACUGUUGAUUUAAUAUUCUUAGGAUGUGUUUCAGCAAUGGUUAUUCUAAAAAUCUCUGUAUGCCCUCUUAGUGUUUGAAGAGGUGGGAAGAGGGCUGUGCCCUUGGUCAUUUUCACUGGAGUAAAAUAAUCAACAGUUUUUUUGUUUUUUUUAUUUAGUUAUUUGUGUUUCCUCUCUGCUUCAUGGUUUUUGAGAGGGAAAACUAGAAAAAACUCUUAAAAAAAUUUGAUUUCAUUAUUAUCAUUAGAGUGGUCUUAUAUGGCACGGUACCCCUGCCUAGGGUUGGGCUCACUGCACUGCACAUAACAAUAUUAGGAAAGACAUACAUUUUUUAAAUUAAAAAAAACAGCUGUAUAAAAAAAAAAAAAAUAAAUAAAAAAAAAAAUUAUCUACAUGUCAAGCCAUGGAUGGCACCCAGCACCAUUGUUUAUUGGUAAUUAAUUGAAGUCAGUAACAAUGAUGACAUCUGCCAAAUUUGAAUGUCUCUGUUGAUUGUUCAGUGUUUUGUAAGAGUCACAAAAAUGUUAUUUUUUUUAAAAAAAAGUAUUGGAAGUACAAUGCAGAAGUAAAAAAAGAAAGUGUCAUAGACUAAAUUGUGUUUAAUUUACCUGACCAACUUAUUAGAUGAUCAUUGGUAGGUUAACAGAAAGUUUUUCCUUGUCAUUAGCAGUCAAAGCAGAGUCUAUCUCUAGCCGAGGGCUUGAGAGACGACGUAACAGUGUUGGAAGUUCUAAAUUUUUUUCACCAUUUGGUGGAACUGGUCGGGGUGAGCUAGGAUCUGUUGUUGUUUUUAAUUUUUAUUUCAAAUUCUGACUGUCACCAAUUUUUAAAAAAAAAAUAUGUUGAGAUCUUUAAAUUCUACCUUUAACCAAUUUUUGAAAAAAAUGUAUUUUGAUUGCUUUUUAAAUUUUUAAUAAAAUGUAUCAGUUUCAAUGAAUGUAUUAAAUACUUUUAAAGUUGUGUACAUGAUGUGAUUAUAUUCUGAUAAAAAAAAUAAACUAGGUCAGUUAAUGGCUUGCACUAUGAAAUAAUCUAAAUAUUUUGCUGAUAUUUUUAUAAAAUUUCUUUUACUCCAUGUGGUUAUGCAUUUCAGUGUCAAAUGUAAUUCUGGAGAUGAAAGUUAAUCUUGGCAGUGGUAAUUUGUUCAAUCAGUUGUUCACAUUGUUCCAGUUAAAAUUUCCACGUUCUGUUUAAUUAUUAUCAAAUGACACAUAUGAACUGAAACCCUUUAUGCAUGUUAUAUGCAUUUUUAAAAAAACUCUCACAGAUGUAAUCAUAUAAUUUGGAUUGUAUAUUUAUUAUCAUAGUUUGAAAAUGUUGAUCUGCACAUAGAAAAAGAAAACUAUAAACAAAAAGAAGGGCAGAUCCCUCAAAAGGACUUUUUUGCUUUUCAUAUUCAUCUUUAAUUUUUGUCUUGAAAUUUGUUGCAUUUUUCACGUAGCUUACACUGGUUAACGUGUUUAGUAAAAUAAAUUAUGUUUGGUUACUGCAAUCUGUACACAUGUAACUUGUUGAAUGAUUGUUGAAGUUAUUCCUUUAUAUACAAUGUAUUCAAUUUUUCUUUAAAAACUGCUAAAUCAUGUUUUUAAUGAUUAUACAUUUGAGAAAAGCAGUAAACCAGCAUCCUUGAAAUGUACACUUUCAACCCCUGGCCCCCUUUAUUCUCUUUAGAAAUAGGCCUACACUUUAAUAAUACAUUUUACCGAAUGCCCAGCAUUGUUUAAUGUACACUUUCAACCCCUGGCCCUUUUAUCCUCUUUAGAAAUAGGCCUACACUUUAAUAAUACAUUUUACCGAAUGCCCAGCAUUGUUUAAUGUACACUUUCAACCCCUGGCCCUUUUAUCCUCUUUAGAAAUAGGCCUACACUUUAAUAAUACAUUUUACCGAAUGCCCAGCAUUGUUUAAUGUACACUUUCAACCCCUGGCCCUUUUAUCCUCUUAGAAAUAGGCCUACACUUUAAUAAUACAUUUUACCGAAUGCCCAGCAUUGUUUAAUAAUUUUAUGUCUGGCGUAACAAAUUUAAGUUAUGAGGAUUGAACUAAGUUUUGAGGCUUGAACUAAGUUAUGAGGCUUGAACUAAGUGGCAUAAAGUUUAUAGAAGCUGAAACAGACUUGCGUUGUAUCCCUGUUAGUGGAAUUCCCCCCAUGAAGCUGUAAAUAUAUUUUUUCUCUAGCUUGUGCCUCAAAUCAAUAAAAAAAUUUUUUUUAAUGGUCUUAUUGAUAAUUUUUAAAAACAAGCAGAUUGGGAUUGUGGUUGUAUUUUUAGGCUUGCGUUUGAGUUAUUCUAAAAUGUGCUCACCAUUUUCAGGCAACUGCACAAAUAGGACCAGAAUUUCUAGCCAGGAGAGCAAGAAGGGCAUCUUGACCAAUCACCAGAUGUCUGCCUCAAGCAUAAAGAGGUCUCGCAGUAACUCAGGUGACUUUGCUUACUCCGUAAUAUCUGGGGGAUUUCAUGAUAAAAGGAGAAAACUGUUUGUAGAUUCUUUUCUGAACAUUAAAUAGAAAAGUUGUCAAAUGACUGGACAUUAAAUUUGAUCAUUGCAAAAUAUAUAUCUGCACAAAAUCUUCACCAUGUGUUCAAAUUCUGCCAAGAAUAAAUGGAUCUGGUACUUUGAGAUACAGCAUUAAAAAUAUUCUGUGAACGUUUUAUUGAAUUUAAUGUGUAGUGAUGUGUGGUAAUGCCUUAAGAAUAUCAAGUGUUCUGCUAAUAGGAUAGACCAGAUCAAAGCUCUCCUCUUAUUUGAUCUAGUGCUGAAACACUUGAAAUCUUUGAUUCUUUGUUGCUGAUAAUUUUUUUAAUGAGGUUAUUCUGUCAACCAUAUUCUCAUUUUCAUGUUUGGAUCCAGGCUACAAUUUGUUAUAAAAUACUGUUUGUGAAAGACUACUGAUUGCCAUAGACUACUGUUUGUCAUAGACUACAGUUUUUUCAUUGACUACUAUUUGUUCACUGACUACUGUUUGUUCACUGACUACUAUUUUUUACAAGCUACUCUUUGUCAUAGACUACUAUUUUUUAUAAACUACUGCUUUUCAUAGACUACUGUUUUUCAUAGACUACUGUUUUUCAUAGACUACUGUUUUUCAUAGACUACUAUUUGUUCAUAGAAUACUCUUUGUUUUACUAAUUACCUUUUGUCACAGGCAACUGUUUUUUUCAUAGACUUCUGUUUGUCAUAGACUAGACUACUAUUUGUUUUUGGCUAUUAUUUGUCAUUUUCAAUUCUGUUUAACAUAAAAUAAAAGAAGUAUAUUAGUAGUUACAAUGGAAAUUAUUUCUCUGUCCACAGUACACUUUGAUGUGCCCUUAGAUGGGGAGGAAUCAGAAGCAGAUUUCUUAGACUCAACAGACCGACUUGGGAAGACUUUUGAAGAGAGCCUGGUCAAAAUGAUUGACAUUCAGCAGAGGAAUCUGGACCAAUGGUGCUUUGCUGAGCAUUUCAAACCUGAGGUGUUACAGCAGGUCAGUAGGGCGAUUGGUUGCCAUCAUUUCAAAACAUUUUCAAAGGAGUUGUCCUUUGGUGAUGUUGAGAGUAGAUUCUUUUUUUAAUUGUUCGGGGAAUGUCCAGAUCCAAAUAAAUGACUUUCGCAUCAACUCUCAUGACAUGUCUUGAUAUUAUUAUACAUACUGGCAUGAGAUGUCUCUGCUGUGUCAUGACUGUAAACUAUACUCAUGUAAGAAAUACAAUGUGUUGUGUCACCAUUUGGUUUGUAACAAGUCUAGACAGAUUUUCUGUAAAAUAUAUAUAUAUAAUAUAUAUAUAUAUAUAUAUAUAUAUAUAUAUGGUGAUGGAAUCAAUGUAGUGUUUUGGAAAACACAUGAAAAUAUCAUUGAAGGAAUCAAAAUGUCAUGGAUGAAUGAAGAUAAUCUUCAUUGAACCUAUUUUACCAUAAGAUGACCGGGCGAUAAAUAGUAGUCCAUAUCUUUAUAUUUUGAUUGUUAUUUAAGCUGUGUAUGCUCUAGGGGGGAUACAAUUGUGUUAAUAAACUUUCACUUUACCACUUAAAUGGGUUAGCAUCUCCCCCACGGCAGGUUCUAUAUGAAGCCUCGUACUACCUCCCCGUCAAAGAUGUCUACCACCACAAGAGGGACAACAGCCUGAUGCUGGUGCUACACAAUCCUCACAGUCGGGAGUUUCAGAACCACAUGGACUGGCACAAGGAGCUGCACUCUGACAUGGGCUUCAGGUCUGCCUCUCUAGCACGUACAAUAUAUCAUUAUGUGGACAGUUCAUGAAAUAUGAGCAGUGCAUAAAAUAUGGGACUUUUAUGAAAUAUGUGACAUUUUAUGAAAUAUGUGGACCGUUCAUGAAAUAAGAAGCACGGCUCAUGAAAUUUCAACACAGUUCAUGCAAUAUGAGAACAGUUCAGUUCAUGAAAGUUGUUACUAGUCUUUGAAAUAUGUGUUCAGUUUAUGAAAUUUAAAUUUCUUGGGGCUUCUAUAAAUAGAUCAGAUCCUGACUGAACCUAAGAAAUAAUAGCUGAACAUUGUAAUAAUGAUCUACAUUAAAAUGUGUUCUUGUUUGUUCUUUCGUUAUUCUGCCUCAACACACAGUGUGUUCUGUUACAACAUACAGAGCAGAGGUGUCAAACUCAAAUCGCUUGGCGGACCAAAAUUCAAAUCACAUGUAAGGUUGCGGGCCGAACAGGAUAAACAUUCAAUAAAAGGAAAAUAAUCUUUUUAAAAAAAAAUGUAUACAAAUUAAAUGAAAACAGGAAAAAGUUUUAAUAAUUAAAAAUCACUGGCAUACUCAUUUUCGUUUUAAUGCCAAUUUGUCAGAGCUGGAUGUUUGGCACAUUUUCUUGGCUACAAAAACAAGUAAGCUUGUUUAUGUUGGGAGUAACGUUCUGUGUCAUUGAGAUUCUCAUGAUGGACUGUAAGUGAUGUUUUAUUAAUCUUCAUCACAGAAAACAGCUGCUCACACAUAUAUGUGCUACCCAGCAUACUCAAGGUUUGAGCCGCAUGCAGACGAAGCUGGGACAUUUCUUCAGGAAUGAAACGAGUGAACUGUGCAGGCCCCACAGUGUCGUACUUUGCCUUUAGUGUCCCAUUACACUGCAACUCUAUUAGCUCCAUCUGAAAAUUUACAGGUGCAGUUUCCACGCCUAUGACAAAUGGUUUACGAAACAGCUCGAAAUUACUUUCCUGUGCUUCAAAGUCACUAAAGGGCCGUGCGAACUCAGCGCGAAGUAAGCUAAAUUUUUCAGCAAAGUGUGCAUUGGGAAACACCAUAGCGUUGACAUGGAUAUAUUUGUACGCCGGUGAAGACCUCGCGGGCCUGAUAUAAUUGUAUGGAAGGCCGGAUAUUGCCAGCGAGCCUUGAGUUUGACACAUGUGAUAUAGAGUGUUCCGUUAUGUUUUAAUCUAAAAUGUGCAUUGUGCAUGGGUGCACAUGCACAGAUUGGUUUAGCUGCACUGUUCAUCAAAAGGCAGCUUACAUAAACUGUGCAGAUGCAUAAAUAAAUCAACUUCAUAUUGAUCAUCUAAAUGCUCACAUCGCGCCAUCAUGUGUUCAACUCACUAAAUCCACCAAUGAAACCAAUUCAGAAAAAAAAAAAAGCCAUAAUUAUUCCAUCUCCUUUCACAUUCUGUAAUUUCACUAUACAUGGAAGAAGUCUGGGCAAAUAUUUUUCAAAAUUGUGAAACUCGAAUAAAAAAAAAAGCAAAAUAAGACCUCAAAAAAAGACCCAUAAAAAGACCCAUAAAAAGACCCAUAAAAAGACUAUGAUCAGUUUAAAAAGUAAAGAAUUGCAUCACAUUGAAAUAUUAAGGCAGGCGCUCUUUUUGCACUAUUUUAAAAUAAAAGUUGCUAAUUCUAUCAAUCUGUUUGUUUAGAAAUUAUCUGGAGUACACUGCAGACACCAUCACCGAUUGGCUGAAAGAAAAAAAUGCAGAGUAUCAAGCCAAACUCUUGUCCAAAGAGGUCAGUGCUAUUCACAAAGAGGAGGCAGAGAAGGCCAGGGAAGCAGAGAAGGCUGAGAAGGCCAAAAGAGUCAAAUCUCCACAGAGAUCAGGUCUGCAAGAAGAAAAUGUUACGCAUCAGUGGAUCUCAAAAUGUCUUACAUGCAAAUCGUAUAAUCACACACACUACCAUGUAUCUGUGUCACACUGCCAUGUAUCUGGGUCACAAAAAUCUCCCAGGCUUUGAGACAAAGAUCUCCCAGGCCUUAGAGACAAAGAUCUCUCAGUUGGCCUGGAUAAUUAUCCCUAUAUCUAAACAUGACCCUCAUUUACCAUCUCCUUUCUAAGCUAAAUUAAAUUUUUUAAAAUCUUUUGAGAUUAAUUAGAUACCUUAAUUAUGGAAUUAUUAUGCUAUUUAUAUAUGUUCGUUUGUGGUGCAGACUUUUACAGGGAUGUCUGUUUCACAGUUGUGCCAGGUCCCAACAAAGUAAAUUUGAAUGAAUUUGAAAUUUUUUUUUUUUGGUCAGCUUCAAGGAGUCGAUCCCCUGGCAAGUCUCCGUCCAGUGAAAGAGUUGCCAGCGCUACGAACCCCUACAUUCGUGAGGGAUCCCUCAAAGCUCAGCUUGCCGAGAAGGAGAGGCUGGCCGCUGAGGAAGAGAAGGCCAAAGAGGCAAAGAGAGCCAAGUCCGCUACAGCGGCCAAAUCUAAAAUUAAGGUGAAUAGGACUUGAGUGAAUCAUUGGGACACCAUUAUACAAAUAUAAUCAUGUUUACACAUUCUCUCAAUCAGGCAACUUAAAAAGUAAAACCCUGAUUACUUGUUCUUAUGGUCGUGUUGUUUGAUAAAUAAAUCCAUAUAAUUUCAUGAAAUUUUAACUACUUAAUUCAAAAAAAUUUAUUAUAUCAAGUAAUGUUAAAGCCACGUAUAAAAAUUAGUUUCUUAGUUAAAUUCCGAAUUUUUAAUUUUUUUUUAUAAACAUUUCUCAUUUUAGAGUGAAACAAAAAGCACUAUAAAAUUAAGAAAAAGUGGGGGGGGGGAAAAAUAAUUAUAUAAAAUAUUUUAGAAUUCAAAUAACUUAUUUUUUGUCAAAGGCUACUGAAUAUUUAAAAAAACACUAUUUAUCUACGAAUCUGCUUUAUAAUUCCUAUGUACAGUACAAUGACAUGACUAUACUCUGAAUUUUAAUUCUACGAUAGUAAAUUCAAUAAUCGUUUAAAAACAAAUCACCUUUACUUGAAAGUAAAAAUGAAAUAAAUUUAAGAACUCUUCAACUUUCCUUUUUUUUUUUUUUUUUUUCAUGUUUACAAUUAUUUUUGUUUAACUUCUCUCAUUGUUCGUCGAUUUGUGUACAUAUCUCAUUGUUAGCAGCCACCCGUGGAAGGAAAAGAGGAAAAAAAAAAAGCUGAGAGAAGUUCCAAUUUUUUUUUUUUUUUUUUUUUUUUCAUGUUUACAAUUAUUUUUGUUUAACUUCUCUCAUUGUUCGUCGAUUUGUGUACAUAUCUCAUUGUUAGCAGCCACCCGUGGAAGUAAAAGAGGAAAAAAACAAAGCUGAGAGAAGUUCCAGAGCCAGUCUGAGGUCCAGCCAGACCAAAUUAAUAGCAGAACAAGAAUCAAGUGUUUCAGUGCCCAACGUUCAAACUGAAGUUUUUCAGGCAGAAGACAAGUUCUGGCCAGUAGGUUUCAACUUUUUGUUUCGACCGUAAUUUUUUAAUUUUUGCUUUAUAUAUAUGCUAACCUUUGCUCUUCUAAGAAAAUAAUUUGCAUUUUAAUCAAGUGCAUUACACACUGUAAUUCAGCUUGGGUCAAAUCUGGUCACUCAAUUUAGACCUGUCCCCUUUGUCCGAUGGACUUGGAAUUUUCAUGGCUACUCACUCCAGGGGACAAAACAACCCUACUUGAUUAGUAGGCCACUGGUGACUUUCACUGAAUCUUGAGUGACCUCUACGGAUCAAAUCUUGCAAUUCAAAUUCAAAUUUUUAAAUAAUGUUUUAUUUUGUAAAUUAUUUUAAGUUGUAACCAUAUAUUGGUAUAUAAUUAGUUUCAAAGAAAUUCUGCAACAGCAACGACUUCUUUCCUAGCAUUUAAAUUCCACACUAGUAAAUAUUAUUUCAGAUGCUUUUAUCCCCUGUAAAUGUAAUGAGAAAGCAAGGUGCAACCAAAGAACUCUGAAGUCAGUUUGCAUUACUGUCAAAUGAUAACCAGAUUAUAAAAAUAACUAUGUCUAUUUUUUGUAUCCAUCCAGUUCUAUGGUUACAACACAGGAAAUCAGCUGAUCCAUGUUGCUGGUAUCACAACCACUCUUUUCCCCUCUGAUGGGGGCCAGAUUAAGACGGAGAGAACAGAAUUCGUCAAUGGUAAUUGCUAAUUAACGGCAUGCUAAAGUCACAACUGUCCCAAAAUCUUUUAUUUUUAAAGUAACAAAGUUCAAUGAAAUAGAUAUUUUUUAAAUUCAAUUAAUUAAGUGUGGUAGUAUGUUUACUUGCUCGUAGAAUUUUUUUAAAGAGGAUAUAUUUGUACUUAUUGUAUCUGGGAUGCAGGCCCUGCAGUACAUUUUUAAAGUAAACUCUGUCAUUCUGUCAUAUAAACUCAUACAUUGCAUUUCCAGGAACAACUUCCGUAAGGUCUGUGGUCUUGAAAGAUGGCCACGUGUUCGCUGUCCACUUACUGAACCCCAUAGAAAACCCAGAUGGUCCUCAAAAGACCGAACAAAAACCAGAGGAGGCACCUGAGCCACCGGAAGGGGAGGUUCCUGGAGUAAAGCUCAAUCCAGAUCUCGAGGCAGAAAAUUCGGCAUCGGAUGAAGGGACCCUGGUCGAAACGGUUGAGCCAGGUUGGUAGCGGGUCGGCACAGAGGGGAAUAUAAGGGCUGCUCUCUUAUCGUCACAUUGAACACCUUUAUUAAGUAGCAUUGUCUGUUGCUGUUUGCCACCGACAGCAUGUCAAGCUGUUGAAUGUCUGGUUUUUUACUGAAGUGUUUGAGUGAUAGUGGCAUAUCGUGCUUGGGUUGGCGGAUAUCCAGUGAAACUCCAACGCCAAGUUAAUGAACAAGCUUGUAGAGUUUUUUUACACUUGUACAUCAGUUUGCAGUAGUAGAGCAGGCUUGACGAUACAUGAAUAAUGAUAGCUUCCUCUGCGGAUGAAUUCCUACUUAAAAGGACUUUCUCUCUAUUCAAAUACACUACAAGGUGCAUUAAUCCCAAGCUCUCGACUCAUCUCUUUUCCAGGGGUCGGGAACCUAAAGCUCGCGAGCCAGAUGUGGCUCUGUUGAUGACUGCAUCUGGCUUGCAGACAAAUGUUCGAUUAUUUUAAAAAAAGUCGCAUUAAUGGUAAGAAAUACUCAUUGAUUAGCAACAGCAUACCAAUGUUAUUAAAAAGAAUUCAGAGACAUAAUUAAUGCAUUUUUAGUGUUGAAAUUACACAAAAUGCACACAUUUUCUUGAAUUUUUAGUUUUAAACAUAAUGUUUGGCUCUCACAGAAUUACUUUUCAAAAUAUGUGGUGUCCAUGGCUCUCUGAGACAAAAAGGUUCCCGACCCCUGCUCUAAUCACUCUCUUAUGAUCUCUCUAUACGUCACAGUAUAUAUACCCUCUCAAUUUCAAACACUCACACAAAUUUCAAUCAAUUGACCCCGAACGUCCUUCGGACAUGGACUUUUGAUGCAUGCGUGUGGGGUUGGGGUGGGGGGUUCGGAGGUGGGGUUGGGAUGUGGUGUUGCGAUUGGGGUGUGGGGUUGGGGUGUGGUGUUUGGGGUUCGGGUGUGGGGUUGGUGGGUGGGGUUGGGGUAUGGUGUGUGAGUUUGGGCUGUGGGGUUCGGGUGUGGGGUUGGGGUGGGUGGUAGGGUUUGGUGUGUGGGGUGGGGUUGGGGUAUGGCUUUGGUUUGGGGGUGUGGAGUUGGGGCUUCAAAGUUAAUUUCGUACAUUUUUCUCUUUAAUUCUAAUAACAAAGUUAAAUGAUGCGACUUAGACACAUCACCAUUCUACAUAAUACAGAUGUUAAUAGUUCUACAUAAUACAGAUGUUAAUAGAUCUACAUAAUACAGAUGUUCAUGUCAUAGUUCUAUAUAAUACAGAUGUUCAUGUCAUAGUUCUACAUAAUACAGAUGUUCAUGUCAUAGCUCUACAUAAUACAGAUGUUCAUGUCAUAGCUCUACAUAAUACAGAUGUUCAUGUCAUAGUUCUACAUAAUACAGAUGUUCAUGUCAUAGCUCUAUAUAAUACAGAUGUUCAUGUUAUAGUUCUACAUAAUACAGAUGUUCAUGUCAUAGCUCUAUAUAAUACAGAUGUUCAUGUUCACAGCGUCCUUGACUCAUCAAUGCGAUUUUAUUUUUCUAAGCUUCUGUAGCAGAAUUCAAGCCAGGUGAGCGUGCCCACGAGGCCAAGUCAGAACUCCGACCCGGACGGAGUGAGAUCAAGGCGAAGAGAAGCCCGGUGAGCAAGUUUGGCUCCAUCACUUGCUUGUUGUCUGACGGCAUGAAUCUGGCUUUCAGUCAGUUUGGAUCAAAUGGGGAAUCUGGCAGUGAGUUGACUUUAGAUUAUUAUUACAAGCAAUGGGGAAUCUGAUGGUGAGCUGACUGUAGGUUACUAUUACAAGCAAUGGGGAAUCUGAUGGUGAGCUGACUGUAGGUUACUAUUACAAGCAAUGGGGAAUCUGAUGGUGAGCUGACUGUAGGUUACUAUUACAAGCAAUGGGGAAUCUGAUGGUGAGCUGACUGUGGGUUACUAUUACAAGCAAUGGGGAAUCUGAUGGUGAGCUGACUGUGGGUUACUAUUACAAGCAAUGGGGAAUCUGAUGGUGAGCUGACUGUGGGUUACUAUUACAAGCAAUGGGGAAUCUGAUGGUGAGCUGACUGUGGGUUACUAUUACAAGCAAUGGGGAAUCUGAUGGUGAGCUGACUGUGGGUUACUAUUACAAGCAAUGGGGAAUCUGAUGGUGAGCUGACUGUGGGUUACUAUUACAAGCAAUGGGGAAUCUGAUGGUGAGCUGACUGUGGGUUACUAUUACAAGCAAUGGGGAAUCUGAUGGUGAGCUGACUGUGGGUUACUAUUACAAGCAAUGGGGAAUCUGAUGGUGAGCUGACUGUAGGUUGCUAUUACAAGCAAUGGGGAAUCUGAUAGUGAGCUGACUGUAGGUUGCUAUUACAAGCAAUGGGGAAUCUGAUGGUGAGCUGAGUAGGUUACUAUUACAAGCAAUGGGGAAUCUGGGGGGGGACUAGGUUAUUAUUAAAAUCAGUUUGUAAGUAUUUUUAAACACUAUAAAUAAAUUAUGUACAACUCUACAGUUUAAAUCUUGUAUAACUCCAGCUGUUCCGGUUAGCUUUAGGUCAAAUUAAUUGUCUGACGGACCUAUGAUUUUUUAAAUACCAAAGAAAUAUUUUAACCCAGCUCAGACGCAUCUGUUGUAUACAUGCCAUUGAGCAUCUAAGCAAUUAAAUAAGAAAAGACUCAUUUUAUUUAUCCCAACAAAUGGAAGCAUGUUUUCAUUACAUUGCGUAGAUUCAUUUUCAGCAUAUUCAAAUAAAAUACAGAUUUUAAUUUCAAUAAAAAUUUUAAACACAUGGAGAUAAAUAUGUUAACUCUGGUCACUUCUCUCUUCUUGCCACUACUGCAUUAAUGUUUACUUGUCUCCAUGGGCGCCCGCAGAAAACUUUCUAGGGGGGUGGGGCAAAAAAAAUCGAUUAACUUUCUGGGGGGGGGGGGCAAAAUUUUUUUAGUAAUGUUUUAAUAUAGUUUUAAUUUACUGUAGCGUUUUUGUAUGGUGAACGAACGGACCGGACAUCAGCUUAGCUACUUUCUCUUUAUUUUCUCUUUACUUUAAUACAUUUUUUGUCUAUUUUUGGCUAAAAAAUUUUUUAUCCAAUCAAUCCAGGGGGGGGGGGGCAAGUGCCCCACCUUGCCCCUACCCGCGGGCGCCCAUGCUUGACUCCCUAUAUAUAAUUUUAAAAAAAAUUUAAUUAACUUUCUAGUAAAACUUUUUGAGCCCCCGCCAAGCCUUCCUCAUCCGCCAUCUGUUAGAGAUUCAGGCCCCAACCCAAUACCCAGCCCAUCUGGUCAGAGAAGCAGAAAUUCAAAAAAAUUUGAGAAAGCUGACUCUGACAAAGUUUUGGUAAGUUUCAAGAAGUUUUUGGUUUUUUUUCUCUCUAAAGCAGUGGUUCUCAACCUUCCUAAUGCAGAACACUUUAUACAGUUACUCAUGUUGUGUUGACCCCCAACAAUAAAAUUAUUUUCAUAGCUACUUCAUAAAUAUGUGUUUUCCUAUGGUCUUGGGCGACCCCUGUGUAAUGGGUCGCGACCCACAGUUUGAGAACCGCUGCUCUAAAGACCUUCUUUUUUUUUGUCAUAAUUUUUUUUUCUCCAGCCUGUAACAUACAUUGCUACAGAAAUAGAUUUCUGUCAUUUCUCACACUUGGAGCAUUUUAAAUGUUUGGAACGUUGCUUCUAGCAGACGUUCAUUGUUUAGUUCUGUCUUUAUUUUUCAGCUUGAUAAUGUAUAGUGCUUUACUUGAUGGACAUUCAUCUUUACAAGCUGUGUCCAACCAACACCCCCCCCCCCCCCCCCCCCCGAUAUAAUAAUCCCUGCCAACCAAAUUUGUUGUGGUUAUUAUUUAACUUAGUUAAGGUUUUCAUUGGUUAGUUGGGGUUUUUUUUGUUCAGAGAAGGAAUAUUGAAACUUAAAAUAAACUUAAGACUUUCGUAGCUGUGUGAAGUCCAAGAGGAAACGGGUACCAGUUCGCAAUUUUUAUUUUUACUGCUUUCUGUAAGAUGAAGAAGGCUAUUUUUUUUGUUUUGCAGUCACGAUCUUUAUUUUGUUUUGUCUUCGUUCAGGUUUUGUCCUACUCUGCUUUUCUUUACUUCCUUUUUUUUUUGUGUGCCAAACUUGAUAGAGUAGCCUCCCCCUUUAUCAUUCCUUUGUUUUAUUGUAGUCUGAAGACACGGUUCUUGAAGAGCCCAAGAAAGAGGAGGAGCCGCCCCAGUUAAAACAAGAAUUUCAAGAAAUUUACAUCACCUGUCCUGAUGGGCUUCAUGUUUCAUAUUUCUUACAAAGUUCAGUUGGUAUGUUUUCAUCUUUGAUUUGAUUUCACUCUGUUGUGUAAUCGGUGUGGGGAACAUCCUUCAAAUUGCCACUCCACAGUUUUUUUUUUAAAGUUUGUCUGAAAUUUUUUUUUAACUUUUAGUUGUGGAAUUAAUAUCUUCAUCUUCAGUCAUUUAAUGAUGAAAACAUGCUCUCUAGCUUUUUUUAUUUUAUGGUUUGCAAUUUUCUUAUGUAGCUUUUUUUUUCUGUCCGGGUAAUAGAGAACAAAUAAAUAGUGAUGUACUUUGACCUGGUCUAAAAAUGGUGUCCUCUUAAAGUGCACUCAGUAGCCUGUGUAUGUUUAUGCCACAGCUUGUGUCAGGUUUAUCACACAGCUGAGAUCUCGGUUAUUGCCAUUAAAAAAAAUUGGUUUAUUCACAAACUGCUCUGGUAAAAUAACUUGAUGCACUUGAAGAUAGAUGGGAAAGGGACCGAUGAGUAGGAGGGGAAAUUAUGAGUACGUUAUUUCAACGUCAUCAGGUGUGGUGCCACCGGAACCGGACGUUUACCAGCUGGUGGUCAGACAGAGCUACCCUUUCAAGACGAACGGGGUGCAGCCGUGCGAGGCACAUCGACACAAAAUCAUGUCCACGGAAGUUUCACGCUGCCUCACCCACAAUGGUGAUGUCAUAAAGAACAUGGCUGACGGCUCUGUAGAGGUUCUCACUUUAGUGUAUUUUCAAAUAUUUUUUUAAAGUUUUUUUGUAAAACAUGUGAAGUUGCUAUCAUCCAGUUGAAUAUGUCAAUUGUACACUUUUAAUGGGUGGGUCACUCCAGGUGGGUCUGACAUGACUUGUGAAGUUGCUUUCAUCCAGUUGAAUAUGUCAAUUGUACAUUUUUAAUGGGUGGGUCACUCCAGGUGGGUCUGACAUGACAUGUGAAGUUGCUUUCAUCCAGUUGAAUAUGUCAAUUGUACAUUUUUAAUGGGUGGGUCACUCCAGGUGGGUCUGACAUGACUUGUGAAGUUGCUUUCAUCCAGUUGAAUAUGUCAAUUGUACAUUUUUAAUGGGUGGGUCACUCCAGGUGGGUCUGACAUGACAUGUGAAGUUGCUUUCAUCCAGUUGAAUAUGUCAAUUGUACAUUUUUAAUGGGUGGGUCACUCCAGGUGGGUCUGACAUGACUUGUGAAGUUGCUUUCAUCCAGUUGAAUAUGUCAAUUGUACAUUUUUAAUGGGUGGGUCACUCCAGGUUGGUCUGACAUGACUUGUGAAGUUGCUUUCAUCCAGUUGAAUAUGUCAAUUGUACAUUUUUAAUGGGUGGGUCAAUCCAGGUGGGUCUGACAUGACUUGUGAAGUUGCUUUCAUCCAGUUGAAUAUGUCCAUUGUACAUUUUUAAUGGGUGGGUCACUCCAGGUGGGUCUGACAUGACUUGUGAAGUUGCUUUCAUCCAGUUGAAUAUGUCAAUUGUACAUUUUUAAUGGGUGGGUCACUCCAGCUGGGUCUGACAUGACUUGUGAAGGUGGUUUCAUCAUCUCUGUGACAUGACUUGUGAAGGUGGUUUCAUCAUCUCUGUGACAUGACUUGUGAAGGUGGUUUCAUCAUCUCCGUGACAUGACUUGUGAAGGUGGUUUCAUCAUCUCUGUGACAUGACUUGUGAAGGUGGUUUCAUCAUCUCUGUGACAUGACUUGUGAAGGUGGUUUCAUCAUCUCUGUGACAUGACUUGUGAAGGUGGUUUCAUCACCUCUGUUACUUGACUUGUGAAGGUGGUUUCAUGACCUCUGUUACAUUACUUGUGGAGAUGGGUUUGAGUCUACCAACACAUGACUUCAUUGGGUUCUUCUAACUUUGCUGGUCAUGUCUUUAACAUUUCAGGUCCUUAGUGCUGAUGGAACAGUCAGUGUGUUUAGAGGGGAAUGGGGAACAGAUUUUACCAGACCUCCGUCUAUGGAAUCUUCCAAUCUUGAGGCCACACUUAGGAAAAGUAAAUAUACAAAUCUUUACAACUCCUUGUAAAUCAUUUAACAACUAAACAAACAUGCUGUCCAGCUCUGUAUAAAUAAUUUAUCAUAAUUUUACUAUUGCUUCAGAAGUAGGCAAAGCUUGGUAUUUUACCAUUUAAAAAAUGGGAAAAUCUGCAAAAGUAACACUACCUUGCUGCCCCCCUCCCCGAAAAAAAAUAAACAAAUCAAAAUUUUAAAAAUCUACAUUGACAACAUCAAACCAGCUACUGCUAUGCCAAAAAAACAAAAAACUUUAUUUUAAUCUAGUUAAUUAUAUCAUUCAGUAGCAUGUUUUUUUUAAUAGUUGGCUAUAGACUGAAAGCACAAUUUAAUGUAAUUAAUAAACCCCCAUGGGAACAGCUGCCUUGUUUGAAUAAUCACUUUGACGAGUCGCUCCUACAGGUAAGAGCACUCUAAAAGAAUUUAAGAUGGAGGAAGCCUCUGAGUCAGAAGUGAACGUUCAUCAGAGCCUGCCCUACUGGGUCAUCACCUACCCCAACGGAGAACGGAUGCAGGUCUCCAAGAGCCUAGGCUCUAAAGAGCUCCCGCACGUUCCGAUAUCCUUGGUCUCCGACCCGGACACUCAACAGGUUAUUUCCACUUUUCAAUGAAAUAUAGCUGUACCGGUAUCAUUGGCGUGGCAUCAGUGUUCCAAGAAAUUUUGUUUAUUGUUUAAAAAUCCAAGUGGACCCAAGUAGUUUUUUAAAACUGUUCUUGUUUCACCAUGCUGUAUUUACUGAAGAAAAAAAAACAACUAUUGUUUGGCAAAAUUAUUAUUUAAUAGACACCAAAUCCUUCAAGGAUCAGACCUCUGCUAUUUGAAAUUUGUUCAAAACUGGUUGCUCAGCAAAAUUGUAAUUAAGGAAAGUUUUUGAGUACACUGCUUCCCAUUUAAUUUUUUUUUUAAAUCAUGUUUAUUGACGCAAUUCGUUGUCUUAACAUUUAUGAAAUAAGUUUAAUAUAAUGCCUCUCUGUGAAAGGUUAGUAUAUUUAUUGCGUUUUGUAAAGAAGGUUAGAUGAAAAAAAAGAUUUUUUAAAAAAAUGUUAUAUUUUUCUACAGACCAUGGCCACGAGGGAUGACCAUGUAGUGACAAUCAGCUUCCCUGAUGGCAUGACCAUAGUGGAACAUGCUGACGGCACUCGUAUCACAAUUUAUUACAGGGAGACCCCUAUCAUUCUAGAUGGUGGGUCCUUUUGUUUUUUUAUACCAGUCAGUCUAGCUCAUUGCCAGACCACAGUUACUUAAGUCAGUGUGUUUAUUUAGUAGCUUUCAGUCAAUAUUUAUGAAAAGUUCAACUCUUUAUAUGUAAGGGGAGAUUUCUUUUACCUGAACAUGAUUCAAAGACAACAACAAUGACUUUCAAAAGCCUACUAGUUUUUUUUUUGUUUUUUUUUAAAUAAGAAUUAGGAUAAGUCUCUUUGAUGCAUGAAUAUGUAAUUUUAAAAAUAAUUGUUAAGGGAAAUCCUUGUUCAUGAACAAGGACAAGUUAGUGUUAGUGUGUCCUCAUUUCUCAUUUAAGUUUCUGUGGGACCUGUAAUUUAGUGUGUCCUCAUUUCUCAUUUAAGUGUCUGUGGGACCUGUAAUUUAGUGUGUCCUCAUUUCUCAUUUAAGUGUCUGUGGGAUCUGUAAUUUAGUGUGUCCUCAUUUCUCAUUUAAGUUUUUGUGGGAUCUGUAAUUUAGUGUGUCCUCAUUUCUCAUUUAAGUGUCUGUGGGACCUUUAAUUUAGUGUGUCCUCAUUUCUCAUUUAAGUGUCUGUGGGAUCUGUAAUUUAGUGUGUCCUCAUUUCUCAUUUAAGUUUCUGUGGGAUCUGUAAUUUAGUGUGUCCUCAUUUCUCAUUUAAGUGUCUGUGGGACCUGUAAUUUAGUGUGUCCUCAUUUCCCAUUUAAGUGUCUGUGGGAUCUGUAAUUUAGUGUGUCCUCAUUUCUCAUUUAAGUGUCUGUGGGACCUGUAAUUUAGUGUGUCCUCAUUUCUCAUUUAAGUGUCUGUGGGACCUGUAAUUUAGUGUGUCCUCAUUUCUCAUUUAAGUGUUUGUGGGACCUUUAAUUUAGUGUGUGUCCUCAUUUCUCAUUUAAGUGUCUGUGGGACCUGUAAUUUAGUGUGUCCUCAUUUCUCAUUUAAGUGUCUGAGGGACCUGAAAUUUAGUGUGUGUCCUCAUUUCUCAUUUAAGUGUUUGUGGGACCUGUAAUUUAGUGUGUCCUCAUUUCUCAUUUAAGUGUUUGUGGGACCUGUAAUUUAGUGUGUGUCCUCAUUUCAUGUUAGAGUGUUUUUAAUGUUUUCAAAAAUCCUCUCAUCGGCUCAUUCCUUCAUGUUUGCAUGCUGCAGAUGAUGGAAGUAAGGCUGAACUUGCAUUGGCCACUUACAAAUUCAUCAAAGUAGAGUGCCCGGGGUUCGCUACAGUGGAGUUUAAUUGCGAGACUUCUGAGAAUCUGACAGUGUUUGCCAGUGGCUCCAGUCUCAAUGUCUUCCCUGAUGGCUAUUACAUUUUACACCAUGCAAAGGGUGGCAGGAUUGAGGUGAGUCUAUUACGAAUUACACCAUGCAAGGGGUAGCAAGAUUGGGGUGAGUCUUGUCUAUUGCAUAUUACACCAUGCACAGGGUUGCAGGAUUGAGGUGAGUCUGAGUCCAUUACAUAUUACACCAUGCACAUAGUGGAAGGAUUGAGUCUGAGUCCAUUUCAUAUUACAUCAUGCAAGGGGUGGCAGGAUUGAGGUGAGUCCAUUACAUAUUACAUCAUGCAAGGGGUGGCAGGAUUGAGGUGUGUCCAUUACAUUUACACCAUGCAAGGGAUGGCAGGAUUGAGGUGAGUCCAUUACAUUUACACCAUGCAAGGGAUGGGAGGAUUGAGGUGAGUCCAUUACAUAUUACACAAGUUUGGUUUGGUGUUUUUUUUGGUCUUAAAUCUAGGCCAUAUAUACAUCUGCAGUAUUAGCCAAAAUAUGAAAUGGAAGUACAUAAGGGAUGCAUGCUAAAGAUACAAUGUAUAUGUGUUAAAUGUGUUGUAAAAACAGAAAAGACUUUUCUAUAAUGAAGACAGGAAAAUUUGUGUUUCCUUUUGACCUAAUUGAUAAAGCACCUGAUAUUUUGUUCAAACUUUCAUAUGUCGGGUAUUAAGUAUAUAUGUCAUUAGGUUUAAGUUGCAGACCCCCAAAGUAUGUAAAUACAUCAUUCGUAGCUGGUUGUAAUAUUAAAUAAACCACUGUGACCUUAUUUGAACGUCUCCGAGUUUGGGUGAUGAUUUGUUAAGGAGCUGAAAGCAAAAUUACCUAAGAGCCCAUGUUUCAUAAUUUUCAGGUGGAUGUUGAUGCCUCAAUGGUUUAUUUCCCACGCCGCAACAAUUUCUCAACACCAGUUUUUCAAGAUCGUGAGCUCCAGUAUGUCCUGCGCCACAAUGCUGAUAUUAUAGUGGAGACGGUGGAUCCAGAAGGGAACAUAUUCCAUGUACGAUCCACCGGGGACUUCAAUGUCGUACCAGCCCAUGGUGAGGACUCCUUAUCAGAAUACAGUGAGCAGAAUGCUCCAAAGGUAAAAAUAAUUAUAGAUUCUGGGGAUGGAAUUUCCUUCAGUGUAUCAGCCAGACCAGCUGGAUAGCUGCAGUAAUCUUAUCUGACAUUACGCAUCAUCUAGAGAGGGGAGAAGGGGGAGGGGUCACGAAUUUGUUAUGAUAUUUUUUUAGGGUGUCUUAAAUUGUUGUGUUGAGCAAUGUCAUUGGGAUGGGGUAAACAUUCAGCCAAAAUAACAUAAAAAGUAACAUCUAAAAAAAAUGUAUUUUACCAAUUUAGAUAAGUCUGAUGGGCAAGUAUUUACAAUAUUUAGGAUUUUAAACAAAAUUAAAAGAUUAACUACUAGUUUGGAAAAAAAACACACAAAAAACAACACUUAUUUAUUAGUGUGGACUUUUUUUUCCACACCCAACCCUAGGAGAAGAAGGUCACAGUUUAUAAUCAGCAUGCCCCCAGGUUUUUCAUUAUCCAUGCUGAUGGCAGUGGGACCGAGCUGCUCAGGUACCAGGACAUCGCCGAAUACUUGGCCAUGGCGGAGCACAACCCAGCAGCACCUGUCAUGAAAGAAACCAUCCCCGACCAUCCUGGCUGUGUCGGGAUCACCAUCCUGAAGCCCUACCUCUUGGAUUUGUCUGAGAAAUGGUUCAAGAAGUAUGACCAGGAAUCAAUCAUUCCUUCUGGAAUCAGGUAAAAAAAUGUAGACAUUUUUAGUAAAACUCUUUUUUGUUGUUUUUUUCCUGAACCUGAUCACCCUCUUUGGAAAUAUGAAUACAAAAUACUUGAGUGGAUUUUUCUAAUCUCUCAUUUUGAAUUGAUUGUUAAUAAUAACACGUGAAACAGAUUAAAAAUAAUACAUGAAUCCAACUUCAUUUAUAAUGAAAUACAACCAAGUUAUAAAAGAUGUGCACAAUAUUUUAUUUUAGUUUUUUUUUUAAUGUAGUUAAAUUUUUUGGGGUUGUGGGUAGGUGCCCAUAGUAGGAUACAGUUGAAUCUUACUAUAUAGGCAGCUACCCUCAAACCCCCAAUUUUUUAUUUUUUUUUUAAAUUUUUUGUGGGAGCUUGAGGGUAGUUGCCGAUAGUAGGAUACAGUUGAAAUUUCGGGAUGAACUUAUGUAAAUAAUAGAUAAUAAAAUGAAGGAGUGCAUUCAAGCUAUGUAAAGGAAAUAGUGGAACAAGGUGUAUGGAAAAAAUUUUUAUUUCUUAAAAUCUUAUUGUCAUAGUAUAAUACAUAAAUUCUUUUACUUCGUGUAAUCUCGGUUUUUGGAAAACUCAACACAUGGCAAUAAAUUAAUGCUGAACACUUAAAAGUUUUUUAACUAUUUCUAUUUCUUGUUGUUUCUUCAUUUGUCCUGUCUGCUGAGGAAAGGCUUUUGGCUGAAACAUUAGUUUUUUGCUGUCCUGUCUUUACAUUUCAAUCUUCCACAUACCUCAAUCCACUAUUUCCUGUAAACAAUAGAUUAAUUUUUACACGUUUUUAAAAAGUUUUAUUUACAUAAAUCUCUCUUUUAUUUGAAAUGCAAUUUUAAAAAAAAAUUGUUUAAGUUGUUAAUUAAUCAAGUUGCAUAAAUCUCGUUAGUCGGUAGAAGCUCUCUGUAAAUACAAAUAAAGUAAAUAUGUAAAAGUGUGAGAUUAUUUCCAGAUGUCGUGACCUCACAGCUCUACCACCCAAAGAAUAUAAAAAGCCAGGCCCCAAAUUUGGAACAAAUGUUGGAAAGGGACUCAGCAUCGGGGGCCUGACAAAGGGGCCACCACGCAUUCCUAUACUCAAAUGCCCCAGCAAGUUGGAGCUCAGGCAACUGGUGCAGUACAAGCCCAUGACCGAACAACUCAGAAACAAGUAUGUUGUCUCAACUUAAUCCAUUUCUAGUGUCUCAACAUGAAUCUCUUUAUCAGCAGUAACAAAGAGUCCAACUCAACAUGAAACCUCUUGUCAGCAGUAACGAACAACCCAAUUGCAAAUUACUUUUCAUUGGCACUUAAACUUAAGAUAAUUUUUUUUUUUUUCCUUGUUGUAAACCUAAAUGUAAGUUUGAGGAUUAGGCUAUAAACAGAAUUGUAAGCUAGUUGUGAUGUGUACAAAUGUCAAACAGACAAACAUGACAAGAUUUUUUUUUUUUGCUACUUGUAUCUGACUGAUACUAAUGUUAUUUUGCAUGUGCUACAUUGCUUUGAAUUUAAUAAAAUAAUAAACACAUUGUUGAAGUCUGAUGGAUAAUACUUAUGUGGCAACAAAAAAAUGUGAACACCUUUAGACUCAUUUUGAAGUUUACAAAAAAAAAAAAAAUUAUAAUUAACUUAGCUAAACAAAAGGUUUGAGUAGACUUCUAUGUGUUGAUAUUCUUUUUACAAUAUAUUAUUGUACUUGAGUAAGUUUUGAAGAAAAUUAUAAGUUAAGAAAUGUCCAGAGUUUUUUGCCUUGACCUCUUCAGACUGAGAAAUGGUGUGCUGAAGUAUUCUGAAGCUGUUGUGGCCAGAAUGAGGGCAGACAACCUGAUGGCUGUGACUGACCCAAGGGAUGAGGGGGAAAAGCUGGCAGCGGCAGAACUCAAGAGGCAUGUGGAUUCUGAGAAGUUGAAGGAAGCGGCUGAGUCUGAUAAACCCAAAGAAUUCGACCCAGGUAAGGAGAAGUAACAGGUCUCAGAUUAUAGCAACAACAACAAUGCAAUGUCCAGUGUUGUGCUACCAACUGUUUGGAGUCACAUGGUAAGUAAUGUGUUCUGUUGUAGCAAGCAGAGAUAGGCUCCCUUUAUUAUUUUUACAAUUACUACAAUUUCAAUCAUGAAAUUUGUUGAAGUUCGUUAUGCAAUUAUUUCCUGGAGUGUGUAAAUUUCACCAUUUAAACAGUGAUAUUGUUCAUUACCCACAAGAUCUACUGUUAUUGUAAUAUGUGAUACCUCAGAAUGAUCACGGCUGCUGCUUAUGAGUACUUGUAUUUAACAUAUUUUACCCGGUGUACUCCAUGUAGCUACUGGCAUUGUACCAGGUGAUACCUAAUGAGGACCAUUCCAUCUUCAUGUUACAACUACUGCUAGUGUACCAGGUUGCACAAUUUUGUCCCCAGUAUUCAAUAAUUCUAUACUUUCAGAUCACGUCAAGUCAAUAUAUGAGCAGGCCGUGGCUCCAAAGCCCGCAACGCCACCUCCAAUCCAUCACCAGAAACGCACCUCCGCGGACUGUGAGCAGGAGAGAAGAGAGAUGGAAGAGGAGAAAGAAAACAAGCAGAAGAUUAAAAACCAUGAAAUUGAACCUUAUUUCCGUAGUGAGAUAGGAAAGGCUUUCCUCCUUACCCAGGUAAACAGAAUGUCAACACAGAUCAAGGAAUCUUCUACUCUCUGAUAAUUAGCUUACUGCAUAUACUUGUCUAUAAGUUGAGGGCAGUUUUUUUACCAACAAUUGUGACAUAUGCUGUGACUCAUGGAUAAGUCUGGGGCAGUUGUUUUUCUUUUUGCCAAUACUUAUUAAAUAUGCUAAGGCUCCUGGAUAAGUCAAGGGAAGCUUUUUAACCAACAGUUAGGAAAUAUGCUAUGACUCAUGGAUAAGUCAAGUUUAAACUUGGGGCAGUAAAAUUCUGUGAUUUUUUAACAUUUUUUCAGAUUUUUAAACAGGCAGCAAUCGCUGCUCUCUAUACCAAACUAUGGCCGAUGUAUGUUUGACUGUAUACCUAACUAUGGCCAGUGUAUGUUUGACUGUAUCACUACCUAAGGCCCAUGUAUGUUUGACUGUAUACCUAACUAUGGCCAAUGUAUGUUUGACUGAAUACCUAACUAUGGCCGGUGUAUGUUUGACUGUAUCACUACCUAUGGCCGGUGUAUGUUUGACUGUAUCGCUACCUAUGGCAGGUGUAUGUUUGACUGUGUACCAAACCAUGGCUAGUUUAUGCUUGACUGAUCACACCAGAAACUUGUAUCUAAAUCUCCAUAAGUCAAUACUCUGCAGACUACAUAUUAAUGACAUGUCUGAAAAAGCUACCGGCUAGGACACUAACACUGCCAGUAAGGACACUAGCACUACCGGGUAAGGGCACUAGCACUACUGGGUAAGGACACUAUAGCACUACCAGUAAGGACACUAGAACUACUGGUAAGGACACUAGCACUACCGGGUAAGGACACUAGCACUACCGGUAGAAACACUAGCACUACCGGUAAGAAGACUAGCACUACUGGGCAAGGACACUAGCACUACCGGGUAAGGACACCAGCACUACAAGGUAAGGACACUAGCACUACCGGGUAAAAACAAUAGCAGUACUGGUAAGGACUCGAGCACUACCGGGUAAAGACACCAGCACUACAGGGUAAGGACACUAGCACUACCGGGUAAGGACACUAGCACUACCGGGUAAGGACACAAGCACUACCAGUAAGGACACUAGCACUAUCGGUAAGGACACUAGCACUACCGGGUAAGGACACUAGCACUACCGGGUAAGGACAGUAGCACUACCGAGUAAGGACAGUAGCACUGCCGGGUAAGGGCACUAGCAUUACCGGGUAAGGACACUAGCACUACCGGGUAAGGACAGAAGCACUACCGGGGAAGGACAGUAGUACUACAAGGAAAGGACUCUAGCACUACCGGGAAAGGACACUAGCACUACCGGGUAAGGACACUAGCACUACCGGUAAGGACACUAGCACUACCGUUAAGGACACUAGCACUACCGUUAAGGACACUAGCACUACCUGGUAAGGACACAAGCACUACCGGGUAAGGACACUAGCACUACCGGGUAAGGACACUAGCACUACCGGGUAAGGACACUAGCACUACCUGGUAAGGACACAAGCACUACCGGGUAAGGACACUAGCACUACCGUUAAGGACACUAGCACUACCGUUAAGGACACUAGCACUACCGUUAAGGACACUAGCACUACCUGGUAAGGACACAAGCACUACCGGGUAAGGACACUAGCACUACCGUUAAGGACACUAGCACUACCGUUAAGGACACUAGCACUACCGGGUAAGGACACUAGCACUACAGGUAAGGACACUAGCACUACAGGUAAGGACACUAGCACCACUUGCAACUCAACAUUGCCCUUCAUUCAAUAUACAAAAGCCUAUAAAAAACUAUCACUGAGCUGUGGAUAAGUUGAUUCUGAAUUGUGCAAUGAAGUUUUAAGACCAAACCUUCUCACCUUAUAACUUAUACACGAGUGUACACACUGUACUUUUAUUUCUGUUAAGCUUUUUAUCCCUUAUUCAAGAAAAUGUGCCCUAAUGUUAAAUAGUGUUGUGACCUUGUCUUGUUGGCAUUAAUUUCAAUCUUUCCACAGGCCAACGAUGUGGACGAGAUGAUGCGCCAGCUUACGGAGGACCGUAUUCAGAGGGGCUCUGUCAAUGACAGGAACAGCGAAAUGAGUUUUUCAUCGGAGGUUGACUCCACUAAAAACAACAACGAGUGUGAGUCUUCAACAUAAAGUUGUUUUUUUUUAAUAGAAAUUUAAUCUGUGGAAAGAUUCACUCUACCAAUGGAAAUGAGUUCUAUCACCUGUCUCCAUUUCUUUUUGCAGAACAUUUUCAAACUUUUUAAUAGCCUCAUAUCAGGGGCCCUCAAAUAGAAAAUUUUUAAAAAAUAUUUGAGGGAAUUAAAGGAAUUUAAAAAAAAAAAAAAAAGUUUUCAGUUUAAUUUUCUCUUCAAAAAAUAACUAUAUAAUAUAUUUUGUUUGCAAGUUUGAACCUGUCUCCAUUUCUUUUUGCAGAACAUUUUACAAAUUUUUAAUAGCCUCAUAACAGGGGCCCUCAAAUAGAAAAUUUUUAAAAAAUAUUUGAGGGAAUUAAAGGAAUUUAAAAAAAAAAAAAAAAAAGUUUUCAGUUUAAUUUUCUCUUCAAAAAAUAACUAUAUAAUAUAUUUUGUUUGCAAGUUUGGAGACAGCUGCUAGAAGCUUAUCUUGAAUGGUCUCAUCUUCUGUGUCCUGCGACACAAUUAAGAUGAAUUCUAAACUUAUUUAAUGGAAGGCUCAAGCUUAAUCACAUUCUCUCCAUGCCUAUAUUAAUGAUUAUUAAAUUGUUUGAUUUUUCAGUCCCACCCUGUAGCCUUUUAGAAAAAAAACCAUUCAACAAGUUCCUUUAUUUUUUGUUUGUUCAUCCAUGUUAUCUCCACAGCACAGCAAAGUGACCAUCCUUCUUCAGCAACACACACGACCAACAACCAAAAGACAGCCAGGGAUACACCUAUGUCAUCGGCAGGUAAUUUCAUUUUGCUCAAUUUUAUGGUCCUUCUAGUUUAUUCUAGUCUCUGUGCCCUGGACAUACAAAUGUGUCUCUGUGCCCUGGUUAUACAAAUGUGUCUCUGUGGCCUGGUCAUACAAUGUGUCUCUGUGCCCUGGACAUACAAAUGUGUCUGUGCCCUGGACAUGCAAAUCUGUCUCUGUGCCCUGGUAAUACAAUGUGUCUCUGUGCCCUGGACAUACAAAUGUGUCUCUGUGCCCUGGUCAUACAAUGGGACUGUGUCCUGGACAUACAAAUGUGUCCGUGUCCUGGACAUACAAAUGUGUAUAUUUCUUACUGCUUCGACCUGAACGCAGCCCUCCCCAUAUUUUUCAUACAAAUGGACAGGAUUUUAACCUGAAUAGAGGGAGCAGCCAUAAACGAAUGCUUCCAAUGGCUAGAAAAUUCUUGCAACGUGUGGCUAAUUCUUCCAAUAUUUGGCUAAUUCCUACUAUACCUGUACAAUGAAUGCAAGGCCUAUCUAAUGCUUCUUACGCCUAAUGCUUGCAAUACCUGUCUAAUGGUUCCAAUAUUUGACUAAUUCCUAUUAGUCCUGUCUAAUGCUUCUAAUACCUAAUGCUUCCAAUGCCUGUCAAAUGGUUCCAAUACCUGUCUAAUGGUUCCAAUAUUGGACUAAUUCCUACUGUUCCUGUCUAAUGCUUCUAGUACCUGCUAAUUUAUCCAAUAAUUGACUAAUUCCUACUCUGCCUGUGUAAUGCAUGCAAUGCCUGGCUUGUGCCUCUCUAAAUUCUUGCAGUACUUGGCUAAAGCAUUUAAUACCUGCCCAAUCAUUGAAAUACUUAUCUCAUACCUGGAUGUAAUGAAAUAUUCUUCAGCAGACUGAUGAGUGAAAUUUUGUAUGAAAUUCUAAAAGUAAAAAGCGAGUAACAAUUUGUAAACAUAUCAAUUUUAUUUUUUUGAAAAUGAUAAUUUUCCAGUGUCAGCUUUUCUUUUCUCUUAAUAUUUUUUAAGGUUUUUUUUUUAAAGAGACUCUCAGUGCUAUGCAUGUCUUUGUCUAUUUGUCUAUGCUGGAUAAAAGGCGACACAAGUGAAGUUAUCGCAAUAACUCCCUCUGAUGGUCUGCGUCCCCAUAACCCGACGCCCGCCCACGCUACAGGCCAGGGAAGCCCUUCCCCGGUGAGACCCGAAAACCCAACACCAGCCCAAGCAGGCAGUGAUCAGAAAGACAAAUCAGGUGAUUCAGAGAAUUGGCUGUUUCAGUUUUGGGUGGCCAGAGUUUUAAAUUUAAAAUCCGAAUCAAUAUUGCAGGGAAUUUGUAAAGUAUACUUUGUGGCAGUUAAUACGUAGUACAUAUUUUAGCACCAUCUUAUAUACUUUAUUUUAUCUUUUUUGAACAUUAUCAUCCAUGGGGCAAAGGGCCUUUAAUCAUCAAGAAAUCUAAUAAAUAAAUUAUCAGUUUUUAAGAGCUCAGAUCGAAUUAGUUUAUAUACCCAAGGAAUUUGUAAAAUAAUACGACCGGCCUUUAAUCUUUCAGAAUAUUUAUUGUAGAAAGUAUGAAUCCCAGUUAAUUGAAUACUGAAUCUACAGGUAAACUAGGUGUAAAAAAAUUACUUAAACCACACACCAAAAUGAGAAAGGUGCCCACUAUUGUAAAGGGAGUUCCCUCACCUAUCCAGGAGGACCCCAUGGAAGAUGGUAGAUUAGUGUUCUGUAUCAGCUGACUGAAGCUAUAACUAUAAAUAACCAUGCUAUAGUUUGCAGUGCUGAUACAUUAUGUUACUGAGUUGAUUUUUGUUGCAUUUGAUUUUUUUUUUGCCAUUGUCAUUGUUUGUGAUGGCUUGCAUAUUUUACCAAAUGGCUAUUUGUUAAUGUAAAUGAUUAAUUUUAAUAAUAUUAUGAUUUCUACAUUUAAUGUUAGCAGUUAGUAAAAAAAAAAUUGUCACUUUACUAUAAGAUACCAAAUAUCCAGACUUUUAAUUGACUAAUGAUACAUACAGUUAGUGUACGAUUUUAAAAAUCAACUUCACAACAAACAAUUCACUUUUCACUUUUAAAUAAAACCAUAAACUAAUGCCAUUUAUUAGUUACAUGAGGCCCUUUUGCAAACUGUUCAAGACCUUAUCCGAACUCAUAUUGAAAUUAAGAGAAAAUAUGUAGAUCUUAUCUCUCACUAUAUCUAUUGGGAAUGUAUGUGUGUAUAUAACCUGAAUUUUGUGUGGCUUAUUUGCAUCUCUACAAAUACCUUACCUUCAUGACCCUCUUAAUCUGUCUUUAAACAAAAUAUUUUCUGACAUAAUACUUCAUGAAUAGUGAAAUUGUGAGAAUCAGUUAAACCAGAGGUUCACAAACUUAUGAGAGUCACUGGGCCCUUACUGUGUCCAGGUUUUACUCAAAAUGCCCUAUUUCAGCUUUUAACAAGCCCACAGCAAAAAUAGAAAAUAUUGAACAAUUUCAUUUUAAAUGUUAACUCUUGCUGUUCAUUAAAAUCUGUCCAUUUAUGAGGCUACAAAAUAGGAAAAAAAUACUUCAAUAACAAAAAAUUAUUAAUAAAUAAGUUAUUGGUUUUUACCAAAUUCACUAGAUAUCCUAUAACCUUACAUUUAUGAAAUCAUUUUUAAACUCUUUUUAAUUAUUUAUAUUUAAUUUAGUGCAGAUUUUUUAGGAUUACAUGGUAUCUCAAGCAAUAGACAUAAUGAACAUAUUUCUAAUCAAAUAUCCUUCUAAAUAUUAUGAAAACCCUUUUUAAAACAUGUUGUAGCAUAACUUUAAUUUUUAAAAAAAAACAGUUAAUCUUAAAAUCAUUCACCAUAUUUCCAAAAUGGUCUAUCCUUUUUUUAUUCUUUCUCUCAGCAAUUUAUCAUCUGAUGUUUAUAAAUUGAGAAUUACUAUUUGAGUGAAUGGUUUGCAUUUCCAGACAAUAAUUAUCCUUUAUUAAGAGCUGGUGGCUGCUAGCCCAUCAGUAUGAAAUGAAAUUAUUGAGAUAAAAACAAUUAUUUCUAACAGCAAGAACGGAACAUACCACUGUUAAAAAAUGUAGUAUAAACAGCUACAUGGAAAUAAGUUGUGUGCUUUGAAGUAGAGAUGGGAAUCGAAAGCUCUAACAGAAGUUCAGCUUUCGUUUAGUUAACAUCUCAAAUUCAGUUUCGCGGUUUGGUAACAGUUUAAGUUCAGGUGCUUGGAUCAGUAACAGCUUAAGUUCUGGUUCUGUUCAGUUUGGUAACAACUUGAGUUUGGUUCGGUAACAGCUGGGGAUGUGAUGCCAUUUUUUUGUGUGCUGCGAACCGGUUAUUUGUUUUAGAAAUCUGGUUUAAUUUUGGAUUUUUAUAAUAAGGGCACCUGUUAAAACAAUAAAGGCAGCGGGCACUUACUAUCAUAUUUCUUCACAUUUUGAUCUGUUCCGGCGGCGCCUCUGGGUUUGUUGUGUAUCUUGUAGAAUCAUCAUACUACUUAGGUGUGAUGCCCCCCUCUCCACCCACGCAUAUACCACAUCAUCAUCAUCUAGGUGUUGGCAACUGAAAACAAUAAUUUUGAUUGAUAAACAAAUAGGCCUAUUUAAUUUUGGUUAUUUUUAAAUGAUACAAGUUGCUGGCACUGGAUGAAAAGAGUCGGCUACAUAGUGUUGUUGUUUAAUUUGUGGCGACUGGAUUCAAAUCAAGCCUAUGCCCAAAAGUGCGUCGGCGGGUUGAAGUGGUUAAGGGAUGAUAAAAUAAAAGAUCCUUUUGGUUUACAAAAAAAUGAUUUUACAAAUUUUUUUCUAGUUUUAAUCAAAAUAUAAGUAUAAGCAUAUCUGGCAUAAGUGCUACAUUCGUUAAAAAAAAAUUUGUCACUUCUAAUAAGUUUGCAAUAGGUUUGUUAAAGCUGGUUAGUACUCAGAGACGUUUAAGUUUGGGUUCAGUUUGGUCGUCAGUAGGGUUCAAGUUUGGUGUGUUCAGUUCUGAUUGUGUCAGAAGUUUGAUUCUGUUGAAUAAUUUUUGUAUUAAGUUCUUUGACCUAAUUACUUUUUUAAAACUUACAUAUUUCAUAUCUCUUUGCCAACAUGUUCAGUAAAAAAUAUAAAGUUCAAGUUAUUCGUUUGAGUACAAGUAUACAUCUAAAAGCCAUUACGCUUAGUACUAAAAUCUCAUAUUCCAGUAUGCGAAAUAAAAGAACAUUUUAUUUCUUUUGAUUUGUUAAAAAUUGUAUGAAAAAUGACACUUUUACUUUGGUACAAGCAUUGAGUGAAACUAAAAGUUUGAUGUAAAUAAUUAUUGUGGGGUUUGUUUUUAUGUGCAUUUUAAUCUAAUUUUUAUUUUUUACUUAGUUUAAAGCUUUUUAAAUUUUUGUCAGGUUGUGUCACCCUAAGUAACAUGAAUAAUGCUUAAUGACUUGUCUCUGUGUGACUCAGCAGUUUCGGUGAUCAGCCAGCUUGUUCAUGCCAAUCCUCUUACAACCAACGUCAUUGGCCAAGUGAGAUCUGAGCAUGUCCCGAUUCCUGUAUCAAUCAAAGGAGGACGACAAGGGGCUCAGCCUAACUUGAGGGUAUGGAGUGACCUAUGACUUUGAUGGACUGACCUAUGACUUUGAUGGACUGACCUAUGACUUUGAUGGAGUCACAUAUGACUUUGAUGGAAAGACAUUGAUUGAGUGUCAUAUGGCUUUGAUGGAGUGACAUGUGACUUUGAUGGAGUGACAUAUGACUUUGAUGGAGUGACAUAUGACUUUGAUGGAAUCAGAUUUCAGUUUUUAAUGUGUUUGUUGAGUUAUGUACCUCACAAAAGAGGUUCUGAAUUUCAUAAAUAUUUUUAUUAAUUGAAUAUCCAAACAUUCUUCUUUAUUUAUGGGUACUGUAAAGUUGAGAUCGGGUCCUUGGUGCACUACAACCAGAGGCGUAGCUUAGGGUGGGCCAGGGGGGGGGGGGAGAUGUCUUUAGGCACCAGACUAGUUGUGGGCGCCAAAAUGCACUUUGAUAUUAUUUUAUUAAUGAAUAUAAUGGGUUUGAGAGUUGAAAAAAGAAAGGGAGGCUCUUUAAAAUGAAUCUUGUCUCCCGGGCGCCAAACACUCUAGCUACGCCUCUGACUCUGACUGUCCUUAAAUACAAUCACUGUGACAAUUUUUUUUAUUAUUAUUGAUUUGCAUCACCACAAUCGGAUCACCUCAAAUCAUCAACAACAGAUUUAUCUUUAAGAUUUGGAUGGACUUAUCUGAUCUCCUUCCCAACAUUCACCUUACUGUUAAUUGUUUGCAAAAUGACAACUUCAUAUUUAUAUAUAUAUAAGUAGAUAGAUAGAUUUUGCUGUGAAAAUUAAACAAAAUUAUACUUCUGUCUGACUGUGCUCUAGUUCAAAGAAAUUGAAGACCCUGUGCGUCGUCAAGUGAAAACCUCGCUGACUGUCGGGGCCACGCCCAAGGGCCAAAAACUCCUGUCGGAUAUGAGGGGCUUGAUUUGUUACCCCGAGGGUGUUGAUUUCGGUGUGCUGAAAGAGGGAUGCACUUAUGCUUACAAUGUGUAUUUGAAAAAUACUGGUGUUGACGCCUGCAGGUUCAAGGUCAUACCUCCUCCCCCUGCCACUGGGUUAAGAGUUAUAUUCAAACCUGGACCAGUGAGUUGCUCUUGACUUUCUUUGUAGGGAUUAGAAAUUAACUGACAAUUUAACUUAUUACCAUUGUAGUGGAUGCAGCUGACCAUUAAAAAGAAAGACCAGAGGUUGGAAUCAGGUUGAAAACAAUGAUAUUUGUAAAAAGUAAAAAAACAAAUAAUUUGGUUUGGUUUGGGUGUAGAAUUCCACAUGCAUCAAUAGCAACAGAGUGAUACAAUUGGGGAGGGGGGGGGGGUUAAAUCUAUCAAAGUAAAGGGAGGGGGGUGUUAAAUCUAUGAAAAUUAGGGAGGGGGAUUAAAUCUAUCGAAGUAGAAAUCUUCUUAAAUGACAAAUAAUGUAAACUGUAUGUUGUGAAAUUUGGAAAUGGUUCAAUGGUGAAACCGUUUGUGAAAAAAAUAACUCCUCUCUUAUUUAUCUUCAUUGCAUCAACAUUUUGUUACUAUUGUGGUGAUGCUGAUUUAUAUUAUACUGUGUAGGUACGCCACUGUGUGUACAUAGCCUGAGAGAUGUCCACAGGCAACCAUCAUUGAUUUCUGUUAGCGUUUACCUACUACAAUGCAGCACGGUGCACAGAUCUUGUGUUUAAACGUUGAUUUUUUGGGCUAAUGUUUAAAGGGGGCAUUUCUUACCAUCAAAAGAUUAUAUUUCUAUUAAUUAUGUAAACUAAAAAUUGUAUUCUAAAUGGUUUAAUAUUUUAUCCUUCAUUAGCCAGACAGAAAAGUUAUUAUAGAAUAGAUCAUUUUUACAUUGGCGUUAUUUAUCAAUUGCGUGUUCACACCCAAGGCAUUAACCUGUUUUACUACAACCCAGGUGGCAGCAGGCAUGAGUGCUACCUUGACCCUUGAACUGUACGCUAUAGCCAAUGGUGUCGAAGGAGAGUCAGGAGUCGGCAGGCUGGGUCAUGUGUUAGAAAUUGUCACAGAAACCCACACACUGGGAGUCCCCAUUGUGGCCUAUAUCCUUUAUGCCCUUCUAUUAAACAUUCACAACAAUCAAUGUGUGAACAUUAGCUAGCCAUUUCAAACAUUACUUACAGAAAUGAGUCUUUUAACUUGAUAUUUUAAUGCAGUUAAGUUGGCACAUUUUGAAAUGUUUACUGUUUUAUGGUCAUUUAAAUUUUUUGAUUUUAAUUGAUGAUCUUUGAUAAUUUAUUUUAGAGUCCCAGGAGUUGUAAAUAUUACUCUUUUUCUUUAACAAACAAACCUAUCCUUACGGCUAAUGAAUAUGACAACGACUCAACAGCCAAAGAGACAACGGCUCGACUCAUCUCUACAAAGCCACCAGCUUUGACUGGAAUUAUCCGUCCCCGCAAAGACCUCAGAAUAAGUAAGUGCAGGGUUCAAAGUUAAAGCUUCAUGAAAACUAUUUCAAUACAAAUUUUAGUUGUCAUAAUUCUUGGAGCCAAGCUUUUAAAUUAUAGCCCUUUACACUUAAUUGGCUUAAAGUUAUCACAGUGAAAACUUUUUCCAGUGGAAGGAAAUUUCUUGCAGACAUAAUUUCAAAUGCAGAGAAAACUCCUUACAGGUUGUUUAAAAGAAACAAUUUUCAUCUUCAGGUGUAACGUGAUAAACUGGACAGUAAAAAAAAAAAAAGAUCAAUAAGUUUAUGGAUAACAUGAACAAGUCGGACAGCUGGGAAUUUUUAUAAUGACAUGUGAAAUUAUUUAUAAUUAUUACAAAUUUCUUAUUUGUGUACUUUUUACAGGUCAUUGUAUUGGCUUAUGACCUUGGUAAAUUUUUAACAACUUUUUAUAUGAAAUAAAUCUUUUCAAACAACAGAUAUGAGAAUUCUUUAAAACAUUUAUAUUUGGAUACUGGAGUAAUUUUUUGCUUUUUUUCUGUUGAUAACAAAAGACACAAAAAUCGGAAUAAUUAUUUUAAAAAAAGUAUUUACCAGUCAGGUCUUGGAAUUUUAUAGAACUGUUACAAAAUGAAGAUUUGUUAAUUAUCUAUGAGGAAAAUUGCAAAUAAAUAUAUCUUUCCAAUGCAGUUCAAAUUUUAUUUUAAAAUUUCUUCUUUCCAUCAUUAUUUUAAUAUUAAAAAAUUUUAUGUCAAGAAUUA